GACGCUGCCGGGGGACGGAGCAGACCCGGGAGAAGAGUCUGCAGUGGACGUGCCUGCCUGCCUGCCUGCCUGACAGCAUCUCCUCGUGAUUUUUCUGCGUGUUCCCCCUCACAGGGAGUCGGACUCUCUCGCUUUCUCCGUUUCUUUCAUCCUGACUCGAAAUGCGUCAAACUUUUUGGUGACUUUACGCGGCGGCGCCUCUCCGCUCAUGGCUGCCAGUCAAACAGGUCUGAAGCGCGGCUGGAAAUGAAACCCACCUGGAAUAGUCCCCAGAACCCGCUCUCGUGAAUCCACGGAGUCUGAUGUCGAUGGAUAAGUCCAAACUUUGAUUACGCGCGGAAAUUACAGCCGUCUCUCGCUCUUUCUCGGAUGUUCGCCGCCGCUCGGUGAUGGAUGUGUUUUGAGCUUCAGCCUUCAGAGUGAACAAUCGACGAAAACCACCACUUUCCAGACCCGUCAGUGGACUAAUAAUCCCGCUGGUUUCGGAGGACCCUGUCAGGGGUGCAGACUCUCGGGGAAAAGAGCCACUCUUCUUUGCGUCUUGCGUGGACAACCCCGAGACGUUUGGCGGCGACAUAGCCGGAAAAGAUGCUCCCUGCUCGGGCUCAGCGUGACCGAGGACUCGCUCCUUUGGCUCUCCUUCUCCUGGUCGGGGGAUACGUCGUGUCAGGCACGGGUGAGUUUCUCUUUUUUGCUUUAAUCUGAAACACACUUGUGCGCAAAACACGCACAGAAAUGCGCUCUUGUUCUCUUUGAUUCUGCUGUUUUCUGAGGCGGAUUUGAGACUUUAUAUUUCCGAGUGUCACGCCUCAAAGACACUUUGGUGUCUCCAACUUUAGCCUCAUGGGAAUUGCAGAAUAAUGUCUUGGAUUAUAUCGCAUUCCUCUAAGAGUGCAGAGGUCUUGGGUCGCCUGCUGAUCUGCACUUUUUUUUCCACACUCCUCCUUACAGUAGCAGCUCGAUCCGAGCUCAGAGCUCUCUUUUCUACUUGGAGCGGAAAAAUCAAACUCCCCCGGUGCGCAGGGAGUAAUUAAGGUUUUGCUCCGUGCCUUCUUGGCCUCCUCAGAAAGAAAAAGCUUUGUGAAAAGUCAGACACAGCUCCGGAAGAGCUUCGGGGAAAGAGAUUCCUUUAAAGAAAUAUUUCUUAUUGUGAGAUUCUAAUUUUAGCUCCUCUUGUUCUCAGCUUUGCUCUGAACCCUCCAGCCGAGCAUCAAGUCUUCACAGUCUGCAUUAAUCUUCAUGUCAUCAGAUGUAGUUUCAGGUCUGGAUCUGUCAGAGACUCUGAUGGAGAUGAAAUCCAAUCCUGGACAUCAAGGUGACUCUGCCUACCUGUCCCCCUGUCCCCCUGUCCUCCUGUCCUCGCUCUCAUAUUGAUGAUUAAAGUCUGUGUGGCCUAGUGCUGCUAAAGCCUGGACUCUCCCCUCCCUCCCUCCCUUUGGUGGAUCAGAUUGAAACGCAGAAAUCUGAGGGUUUAGUGGAUUGUGGAUUAAAGUCCAUUUACAGUAGAAAAAAGAACAAUGAGGGUUCGACCCGACCUCCUGUGACAGAACCAGAACCCCACUCUGGACUCAGGGACGGGCUGUGGAGGUUUCUUCGAAGGCCAAUAAGAGCCGUGUCAUACCUCCAAAGGUUCCCGUGUGUGUGUGUGUGUGUGUGUGUGUGUGUGUGUGUGUGUGUGUGUGUGUGUGUGUGUGUGUGUGUGUGUGUUAUUCCCUGAACAGGCGGAGCAGAAAAGCAGCUUAUGUUUAUUAAAAUUGUGGCCCAUUCUGAAAUCCUCGCAUGAGAAAUGAAGGAACAUUGAUCUCAAACAGACCAGGAUCAGGACUGAAGUGAAGUCCAGAGGAGGGGGGACACCAGCGGGACCAGAGCUGAGAGUGUCCCAGUAAAGUUGGAGACAUAUUUAGGGGACUGUAUGAUGAGACAGACAGGUUAGAUUUAUCUUCAUGUCUUUGUGUGUUCACCCUCCUCCUCCUCUCAGAUCCUCCUGUCUCGCUCCAGAGCAGCUUGUGGAUGUGCUGAGCUCACGUUUCUGCCGUGGUGCCCCCUCCCUCUCUCUCUCUCCCUCUGUCUCUCUCUCCCUCUCUGUUGACAUACACAUUAAUUACCCAGACUGCCAGGAACACUUGUCUGGAGUAACUCCGCUGCUGCUCGGUGUCGUUAUUGACGACUUUAUCAGGAUCAGAAAUCAGACUCUGAUCGAGACACUCGAGCUGUUUGUACACAAACAUUUCAGGAAACAGGACUUUACUGCAGUGUGACGGUCAGCGGUGUUGCGUGUAAUUCUGCACCCCGUGGAAAUAUCUGCCCUCCGUGCCAACAGCAUGAAUCCCCCGGGGGUCGAGUCUGGGUCCUCAGAUUUUUUCACAUCGCUGAAUCACAACUGUUGAUUGUGUCUGUUUGCUGAAACUUGAAUGUUUUUAUAUUUAAUCCUGACUGAUGUUGCAAAUUAAACGUGUGGUUAAUCUGGAGCGUGGGUUAACCAGACUGCUCUCUGAUUGGCUGAUGGAGAAAUGGCGGUGCACAGAAACACGCUCAGACUGUAAACUCACUCCUGUCGGUGACGCUAACAUGAAGAGAAAGUACAAACUGACUGAUUCUAGCUAAGCAGCAAAACUGAACAGAACACCAGCUGCAUGAAAUAACGCUGCACCCUCAGAUGUUGGAGCGCUGCAGAUACGAGUUAAAAAUGAACCGUAACGCUCCUGUUGUCAUGACAACAGGCAAUAACAGCACAGUGUGUGAUCGUAUCGGUAUCAGUGAGGUCGAUUAUUUCACAGGACAAAAUCAGAGUGAGUUCCUGAUCAUCUCCGUUAGAGCUGAAGGAUUGUGUUUGCACCUGAACACAGACUGCAGUCCUCCCUAAACUCCCCUAACAAUGACGUUAAAAGUUUAGCCUUUGUGCAGAUGUUUCAGAGGGCAGCCAUCUUAGAUUUAAGGUCAGGGGUUACUGAAGUCUGUCCGAGUUUCUGGGGUUUAAAUUUCCACUUUUUGGAGAACGGACUCGACCAGCAGCUCAGAAUUAGUGAUCUGAGAGAUUCAGCCGAAAUGUCAGGAAUCAGAAAUAACACCAGGAGAUUUGUUUGACUUCAGGGCGAUACAGGAAAAAGUUUAUCACCAUUUAUGUACUCGACAUAAUUUACAGUCCACAUUACUCUGCUUCAUGUCCGACCUCAACAAACCAAAAUACCUCCACACCACCGACGUUUUCCUAACGCCAAUGUUGUCGUUGACAUUGAUGUGGUCAUCUGUUGAGCCUUCAUGGUCAUUUCUGUCGGGGGUAGCACUCAUUUUCUUUGUUUCUCACCAACAGUGCUGUCGGCUUCACCUGUUAAAGUGCUAUGGUUGGGUGGAGCUGCCGUCUGCUACGACGCUGCAGUUGGUUGAUACUUGGUUCUAAUUCAGAACAUGAUUGGUUCAGACCCGGAGACACUCCCCUUUUCAUUGGCGACCAAAACAUGGCAGAAUGCAGACUAUUGAAAAGCAUAUUGAUCAUGUUUUUUUAUUGAUAUCGAGGGAAAUUAAUUUUCAACACAUAUCCUUAUGGUUAUAAACAGCCCGAGAUGACACAAGGGUGAUAAAUGUGCAGCUCGCCUGGGGGGUCUUUGCAUGCCUAGAAAAGCUCCUCGGUUCCCAGUCCGAGCUUUGAGGGAGGGCAGGAGACCAGUGUCCCAACUGGGAGGUCAGAGCGGAGGAGAGCGAGGGUGACAGCAGUGAAGGAGCGCUGGAGUGUUCAGAGUUAGGGAGCGUAGCGUGUCAGACACUCCCAGAGAGAGUCGGAUGAAUAGUGGCACUCUUCUAGGAAGUGCUGUCUCAUUUGUGUUCAGCGUGGGAAUCCUGAAUAACAGCUCAGCGGCGGCGAGCCUCUCUUCCUCUGAUAUUAGUGACGAGCUUGUAAACUGGAAUAUUUGCUGCUUUGCUCUGCAGCUGAGUCGGAGGGAGUUUGUAAUUUUCCUGAAUUUAGAUGCGUGAAAAGAAAGGAAUGUGACAACAAAGCGAAGCUCCAACAAACAGCCGAGGAGGAGAUCUGGCUUCAAAGACGCUCAACAGAUUGAGACGUCAGAUUAGAUUAAAGAGUCUCUGAAACACGCAGUCAGAACAAGAACGCUGCUGCCAGGCUGUUGCUUCUGCAGAGACAGGGACAGGUGGUUGGACACCUCCAGGAAGAAGCAGACAGACAGUCCUCUUUGGGCCAGGCCACAAGCCAGACCCAGAGUCCUGCUGGCGGACCAGACCGGGCCACGCUCUGUCCCGGAGCAGUGCAUUAGUUUUAUGGCCGUCAGGCGGCAGGGGAUGGGAUCACUGGCCAGCCGCUGCCCUCUCUGCUGUAUUAUUCAUACGUGCAAAGUGGUCUUAGUUAAUAUUUAAAGUGUGCUUAUGAUGCUCAAAAUCCUGACAUCAGAGACGACCGACGGAGGGACGGGGGGAGUGGGAGGAGAACAGCUGCUCAAACCCCGACCCGGGGGAAGUCAGGGGUUUUAGGGUACCGAUAGACCCGACUGCAGCCGAGAGGAUGUGAGUGAAGCGAACAAGGAGAAGGGUCAGACAGGGUAACGCUCUCCUGAAAGUGAGGAGAGAAACAGAAGGAGGAGGUGGAGGAGGAGGAGGAAAGGAGCGGAGAGAGACACAUUGAGAUAGAUUGAUCUGAGGGCACGGCUUUUAAAUAUCCUUUAUGAGCAGCAGAGAAGAAGAAGAAAACUCCAGAGCUGUGGCAUUCAAGCGUCAUUAAACCUCCAGCAUGGACCGGAGGAGAGGGAGGAGGAGGAGGAGGAAGGGAGGGAGGAGGGAGGAGGUGAUGUGCAGCAGUGUGAAGUGAUUGUUAGCAGAGAUACAGAAGAUCCGUGUCAGAGACGGACUCACCUGUGGAUUAAAGAUCAGCUGGAGGGGUGUGGGUCAGCUGACUGAUAUCAGUGUUUUAGAGCCGAUACUGAUCCAAUAAUAUCAGUCAGGAGAGAGACAUCUACUGUGAAAACAAAACUCUAUGAAUAUUGAAUAUUACGAAUGUCUGAGACUGUUGAAAUAAAACUCUGAUACAGAUGAGCGUCCGUCUGAUAUCGGCUUUAAAGAGAGGAGGUCAGCUGACGGAUAUAAAACACAGAUAUCACAUCGUCUUUGUUUUUGUAUUUCACUUGAAGAACAGCGACAUUUUAGAAACUUCAGCUGGAUUUUUGUCAAAUAAAUAAAAAGAUUGGGUUCAGUAAAAUCAACUGAACUUAUUAAAGGCACUAUAAGGAGUUUUUAACCAGCUGAGACACAGAUACUGAUGCCUCGUUAUGACCUCCAAAAGCAUCUGCAACCAGCAUCUAAACUCACUGGUACCAGUUUGUCCACACCCUCCCAGUUUGGCGCUCCAUGGUCUUCUUCUCUGCCUCAGCGCUGCACUUCCAUUUCUCCACCCAAACAUCCACCUGCAGACUUCAACCUCAGAGUUUCAUCGAUGUGAUGCUGUUUGUUUCAAAAUGUUGAUAAUCGGCUGAUCAGUCGAUCUCUAGUGAAGAUCAUCAGACACCAAUCAGUGGGAGAGUUUAAUGAUCGAUGUCGUGAUUCAACCAAAAGUAUAAUAUCAGCGUUUCUAUCAGGCGUCAUCAUAGAUGUCUGACAGGAACCCCCGACUCCUCCAGAUCUGUCAUCAGGGUUCACUCAGGAUCAGCUGUUUCUCUCUGUCAUUAUUAAAAACAACAACAGCAGAGGUGAAAAAGCGCCUGACGCUCGUUAGCAGAGACGGAUGUUGAAAGUGAAAACGAGGCGCACAAAUCCAGCGGGGGGAUGUUUUUAUUAAGGCUCUUAUCGACGGGGAGAGCUCACAGUAUUAAGAGUGGACAUGUUUAAUGCUUUGCCAAUACUGUGCAUGUUCGACCCGAUCAUAAAUCUGCAGCUAACAGAGGGAGAGGCCGAGCGAGAGAGAGAGAGAGAGAGAGAGCUAAAUGGAGGGAGGAGGAGGGAGGGAGCUGACUCUGAGGAAAGUUUCCGCUCAGGUCCUGAUUCUCCGUCACCAUGAAAUCAGUUCCUGCUGAUUCUCUGUGUUGGUAUUUAAAAUGAGAACAAAUGAACUGUUGAUGAUUAUCAUCCGUUUCAAUAUUUCAUCUCAUCCUCUGUCUGCUGUUUAUCUGGCAGCAGAUGGUCGUACCUGUGAGCUCUCACUUCAAACACACCGAGAACGUUUCGGCUCGAACCUUCAGACUCGACCUGUUUGAAAUGUAAAGCUGUUUUCUCGCCCGAGGACGGAGCGCGUCUCUGAGCGAGUAAACUCGUCUCUCUGCUGAUGACCUCUGAUUCUGACCGUCGGCACAAACGCAGAUUUCAGAUUUCCAGUGGAGUCAGAGAAAAGUUAAGGUGGGGGGAUGCUUAGAGAGAGAGAGAGAGAGGGGGAGAGUUUCGAUGGCAGAUGGGAGCCGGGUUGCCUCUGGGCGGGCAGGACGGGGUACCCCCUGCCCCUCCAUCCUGCCCCCACAGGGGGGAGAUGGGUGGGGCAGACAGGGAAACAGGAAGAAAACCUCUGUGGGGUUCCAUUGUGCUGCAGAUGAAUAGGAGACUCCAGAGAGGCUUUUUUCUGCCCCUUUGUGUGGGCUGAGGGGGGGGCGGCACGAGAACACACACACACACACACUCGACACACACUCACAGCUUCACAGGAGACACACUCUCUGCAGAAAUGUGUGUGUCUGCUGCAGAACAGCUCAUGCACAGGUAACCACCGCGCUGAGGAGUUUAGAGGAGCUGCUUUAGAGACGGACAGGAAACGGAGGAUGACGACCGUGAAAGUUACCAGAGAGAGAGAGAGAGAGAGAGAGGUUUGCAUUUAAAGGGCGUGCAAAAGUGACUGAAAGUGCAGGAGUUUGAACACGAGGUCAAAGGUUAAAGAAAGUGUCUGCACAUACGAGGAAACAGGUGAAGCGCAGCAGCGGUGCUCCAAACGUCCAAAUCUGUGAGAAUGAUUCACAACAGAUCAGUCCGAGACUCUGAAUCCUCUCAGUUUUAACAGGAAGUAUUGAUCUGUGCUCUGAAAUAUUGAUACUAAAGGGAAACUGUUCACACUGACCAGAAAUCAAAAACACUCAGAGGAGAUUUGGACUAAAUAAAAAAAAGAAGAAGAGGUAAAAUCUUAAAUACUGAGUCAGAAUCAAAAGAUAAAAGUCACAAUUAAAAAGAAAAUCAAAAAACAAAAGAGAUAAAUAUCAGAUUAAUAUUAGAAUGAGGAGAAAAAUCCUGAUUAAAGGAAAAGAAGAGAUAACAUGUCAAAGUUGUAAAAAGUUGAACCUUUGUUUAAAAGGUUGUGAAUAUAAGUAAUCAAUCAUUAUGACGAGAUAGAAAGUCUGAACUUUAAUAAAAACAGAAUCAUAAAAUCAGAGAUAAUUCGUCUUAUUUUGUCAUUUUUAUCUCAUUAUUUUGAUUUUUAUUAUGUAGCUUCAUGUCUGCUCAUUAAAAGGAAAUAAUUCCUAAUUUAUCCAAAUAUAAUUUCAGGUUCUUUUAACGACGAAUGGAUCUUCAAAUCUUUAUUUUGUCAAAGAGACGGCCAACAUUAAAUCCGCUGACAAUUAAAGCUCCUGUGAGGAACUCUGGGUUUGCAGCUACUCUGGCGCCCCCUGUGGACACACCUGUUAAAUAAUCUAAAACUUGUUUCCACUCAGGGAAAAGUUGCAGGAGUGUCUGAGGUUUCGUACCAGGACUGAUUAUCGUCAUUUAAAGAGUUUCUCUCCAAACUCUGAUUAAAAACAUGAAAACGCCGUCGACUCACUUCCACAGGUAAACAGACGAUCAGAACCUGAUCUGAACCAAACAAACCCAUCUGGGUUUUUCACAGAGCAGUGAGUUCAAACAACACAGAGUCUGAUGUUCUCAGAAAAGAAAACAUUUGACUGGAAACCAUUAAAAGUGUCAGAAAGUAGCUGGACCAGUAUCCUGCACCAGUAUGCAAACGCAGACAUCAGUUCCUGGUCUGUUUCGGUGCAGAGACCUGCUGUUCUCCUCAUGAUUGAUAUGCAAAGACAUGCUCAGUGACAUCUGACAUCAAGAGUGCGGCCCCCCCACAAAGACUUAUGCGAAUGUGAGCCACACCCCCCGAUGGAGAGGCAGCGCUAAAUGGCGGAGGACCUGCUGGGUUACUCUGGAGGAGUGGGAGAGCGAGUGCAGGAAUUUUCAUUUAAGAUCUCAGCAGCACUCUGAGCAUCGUGACCAAUAGGAUCAGGAUUCACUACAGGGGGUCACGCCAGACCCCGAACCACCCCCUACCCUGAGAUAAACACACACACACACACACACACAUAUGCAGACAAAUACACACUCUGGUGGUGGUGGGAGUGUUUGCGCUGAGGUCUGUAGAUCAGAGGCAGAGUCGACGCUUGAUUGGCUGUGCUGACGUCCAGCUCUCUGCGUGUGUCCUGCUCAGAGAAAAGGAGGUUUUCAGGCCGUGUAGAUCCCCCUCAUCUUCUUAGCUUUUUUUUUUUUUUGUCUUGAAAAGUCGGCCGAGCCAAGUCCACUCAGAGCUUAGACCACAGCCGGUCUGUUUGUGCCACGUGGGCCGAGAUAAGUGGGGGGAAAACUCCACAGCUCCAAGUGUGUUAAUAAUACACUUUCCAUCAGGAGGCAGAAAUAUGCUGCGUUAGGAAACUUUGUGUUUUAUCGUCUCCUUUCUGUGAAUCUGUCAUGCGGAGCUACAAUCCCCCAGAUCCACAUGAAGAAGUCGGCGUCACUCGUCCCCGUUUCCCGUCACUCUCCUGAUCGUCUCAUCAGGCGUAUUUAUAGUCUCACAUACACCAACCUCUGUCAUCUAGAUCUCCUCUCUCCAUCUCUCUUUUUUCCUCCUGCAGUCGGAGUUUGGGAAUUGCUCUUUAGUCGGCAGUGUGAAGAAUCCCAUUUCUCUGAGUGUAACGCUUAUUAGGGUCCCAUCUGCCCCGGGGGCGGCGCUGAAUGUGGGGGGGUGUUUGGGAAGGUAAAGGAGGGGAGCUUUGUCAUGCCUGUGUGUAAGUGGAUGUGGGUGCCGCUGGGAUGGGGGCGCACUAGCGCACACACACGGAGCAGCUGGUGUGUCUAAAGUCAGGGAAUGACACGCAGACCUCCCCGGAGAGACGGCGUGUUGAGCAAACGUGUGCAUAUCUCCGCCUGAGAGACAGAGCGAGCGGAAAUGAUCCCGCGUCCUUCUGUCUGCAUGGCAGGCAGCUAGGCAACAGCAGGACUUUCAAACAACUUGGAGUCUCCCCUCCUCCCCCCGCCCUUAUGUUUCAAAUCAAGGCGAAUGAUGCUUAAUGAGCGCGUGCAGAGAGGAGGGGGGGAUUUGGGGCGGAUUGGUGGGUUUUGUGUGAUUGGCCGCGUGUCAGCAGUGGGUUUCUGUGUUAUUUAACGUGGGGGAGUUUAAACGUGGAGUUAAAGCAGCAGCGCGUCCAUCUCUUAAGCUCAUGGUGGAGCUGUGAUUGGCACUUCAUCAAGGCGGCGAGGGAACAUCCAGAUCCGCCCUCCUCGACCCCGUCCUCGCCGUAUCGGCCUCCUCCACCUUUAAAAAGUCCAGCUCCUCGGGUUAAGGGUCCGCUCCUCAGGUUAAGGGUCCGCUCCCCGGGUUAAGGGUCCGCUCCCCGGGUUAAGGGUCCGCUCCGUUCAUCCCCAAAACAUACGCAGAUGCAAACAAACAGGCACAGCGGGGGGUAAUCCUUUUUUCUGCUCAGAUUCUCUCAGAUCACGACCACAGCAGAGAGAAAGAGCGAGAUCUGACCCUCAUCCACCCUCUAAGACCUCCUCCAGGACCUCAUCUGACUCCAGAGUCUCAAACUGGAACGCCAACAUGAGGUCCAGUUCUGAGUCUCUGCAAUCUGUGGAUGAGGGGAAUGAGGGGGAGGGGGAUUAUCGUGGAUUAUACCUGAUGUUGGGAGUCAUGACUCUGUUUUAUGUACAUAAACUUAAUCCGGGUCCCUGAGGUCUAACUUAGACUUCAAAAUAAAAGCACAGUGUGAAAACAAGGGGAGUCUGAAAAGUCUCAAGGGCUUUUACUUUGAAAAGCCUUCCUGACAUGCUUACAUAUGAUAAAUGAUAAAGCUGAAAAAAAGCACCAGGGUACAGUCGACUGUGGACGGGGGCGGAGCCAAACUUUUCCAAGACUGGGUUAGUGUUUUAGAGGUGGCGUGUAGAGAGACGGGUGUUGUUCGGAUUGUCUAGAAUCAGGAGUCUGGGGUCGGUCAGGGAGUUUAAUUUCACUACAAACACAGAGAGAUGGACGCCCCAAAACCUGAAUGAUCCUCUGUGACCUGAUGUUGUUCGACAAUAAAUGUAGUUUAACGUGGACUAAAAGAAAGAGAUGAGAGACGACUUUAAGACAAAACUUCUGCGUGUAAAUUAGAAGAGUCCUGUCUAUAAGAUGUUCCUGACAUGUUCUCAUUUUUAGAUUAGUUUUUCACGGACGUGUUUAUUUCUCUCAAUAAGAACAAACGUUCAGAAACCUGGACUCUGUGGAUGUUUGCAGAAUUUCCACAUUUAGUAGUUUGAGUCUCGCUCUGCAGGACAAUACCACUGUUCUGACAAAUCUGGAAUAAGUCUUUGAAACACCGUCAGUUAUAGGGUGACCAUACGUCCUCUCUGACCCGGACAUGUCCUCUUUUUUGGGGAGCUGUCCAACUUUGUCUGGGGGAGUUUAUAAAAUCCUUCAAAUGUCUUUUUUGUCACGUGGAUUUACUGAGUUAGAAGCGUGUAAAAAACACUCGAUCUGACCUGAAAAACUCUCAAAAUUAACUUUGUGUGACUCCGUGACUCCGCCCCCGCGUUGUCGUGUCCUCUUUUUGGGAAGUCAGGAUAUGGUCACCCUAAUCAAUUGUAUAAUUUUGGUAAUAAAAUGCAUCAGUAUUGUUUUUGUUAUUGGAAAACCACAGAUGAAGAAUAUCUGAUCAUUAGCAUCUCCUUUUGAUAAAAUGUAGAGAAGGAUCCAGAAACCUGUAAAACCCGCCUCUGAUGAUGUAAAUACCCAAUCAGGGUUUAGGAUUACAGGAAUUCUGACUCUUGAAAAACAAGUAAGACGAGGGUUUACUGGACCGAACUGGACUGAACUGACCAAACUGCAGCUUCACUUGACCGGGAGCUUCCUGCUCUCAGCAAAGAUCCUGUUCUGGCUCUGGAAGCAGGUCUUAAUCAGGGUCUGACAGGCUGCUUUAGUGUGUGUGUGUGUGUGUGUGUGUGUGUGUGUGUGUGUGUGUGUGUGUGUGUGUAACGGGCACACACUGAUGUGAAGCCAGCAUCAUUACUUAGGUAUUACUCUCUUUUCUACAUGGGUCACAGUGGGGUCGCGGUCCCGGUCCCAAUCAGCGCUCAGCUCCUGCACACACACCCGUCCCUCUCACUCUGAUUGCACAGGAGGAAACCUGGUUUAUCCUCGCCGUUCAUUCGCCGUGCCAGGUGAACAGAGUCUGAGCCUCAGAGCGCCGCCGCCGCCGCGCAUCAGCAGCUGAAGAGUUAGGAGUCAUCUUAAACGAGACGCAGCAGGAGGAGCAGGACCAGGUCUGGUCUAAUGUGGCAGAUGUACCUGCAUGUAAUUAAGGUUAGGGCUGACACACACCUACACACACACACCAGUGAGUCAGCGAGUGUGUGUGUGUGUGUGUCUGUGUGUGUGUGUGUGUGUCUCAAGCUUCUUACCUGCUGCUGACCAGAUGGGCCCGGCGGCCGACCUCACGCUCACCUCUCCUCGCCACUCCGCUUAGAUUAGCUGGCUGAGGCUGAGGCUGUGUAAUGGACACAUCACCCCCGAAUCCUGCAUACACACACACACACACACACACACACACACACACACACACACAAAGCACUUGUUCGGCCUUCAUUCUUCAUGUCGGAUGUUUUGGAUGACGAUAUGCUGCUUGUGUGUGUGUGUGUGUGUGUGUGUGUGUGUGUGUGUGUGUGUGUGUGUGUGUGCGUGUGUGUGUGUGCGGCUGCUUGGCCUGCUGUUUAUGGGGAUUAUGAAAGCAGAUGGACAGCCAUGCUGACUGGUGAGGGUUCAUUAACUCUGGGUGUCUCUGCUCUGCUGCUGUUGCUCAGCUUCACUCGCCUCCAAUCCCCUCAGCCACAAAAGGAGUGUGUGUCUGACUCUGUGAGUGUGUGUGUCUGACUGUGUGUGUGUGUGUGUGUUCCUCUGUUUGUGUGUGUGCACUUGUACAGCAGGUAGAGAAAGCACCUGACACAAGCAAAGGACGGCCGUAUGGAUGCUAUCGAUCAGGGAGACUGUGCCAAAUGCGAGGCUGAGCGCUCCGCCUGAUUGGUGCAGCUGCUGACGCUCUUUCCUUUAUGUCUUCUCUGACAUCGUUAUGCGAAAUCUACACCAGAUUGACGCCAUUUGUAUUCGAGCGCUGGUGGUGUCGUUUAAAGAAAGGUUUAAAGCGACACGGAGGAGCGUGUUUCAGGCGUCUGUACUGAGAUUCGUGAAUUAGCAUGAUGCAAUAUGUUCAGCAGAGGAGCGUUUCGCCGCUCUGCCAGAGGAGAUGAAUCGGUAUAGUUAUAGAGGGUCAUUAAACACGGAGAGGUGUCUCUGUGUCUGUAGCUUCACCUUCACGCCGCAGCCUCCUGCCCUCCUCUUCAUAAAAGAGACUCGGAUCACGCAGGGUUGGACAGACAUACCUGCAGAGAGGCGGGCAGACGGACAGACGGGCGGGCAGAUUCCCGGGCAGAUGGUUUGUUUGAAACCCCCUCAGGGAGCGUCCACGCUGUCUGACACACAAACACAGAGGUCGUCCAUCUUACAGCGUCAUGCGUGGCAGAGAAGUGACCAGGAGUUAAAAAAGAAAAACUCAAUUAUGAUUAUUAUAAUUACAUUUAUAACUGCAGUCCGCUGAAUGUCAGAGGACGGCUUAAAUUGCUCAUCAUUUCCCUCUCGGAGCCCGCGGUGUCGCUUUUAAAUUGUCUGUUUUGUCAAAGCAGGAGUCCGAAAACCGAAGAUAAUUCCUGCAAAAUGACACAAAAGGAAAACAAAAGCUGCAAAUUCACUGAUUUAAGGAGUCGGAAAAGGACGAUGUUUGACACGUGAAAUAAACGAAAAGAGCGAAAAGAUAAUAAUACUCCCUCACUCACUGAUGAAACGCAGGAAUUACAGACAGUUGUUAGAGUCUGGUUGGUGCUUUUAGAAAGAGACCGGUCAGAAGUUUUCCACCUGUGUGCCUCUGCAACCUCAGGAGUGAAGAAGUUUCUUUAACAGGCAGAAACCUCGAGCAGAACCAGACUGAUGUCAGACCGUCUUCUGCUGAGACUGAGGGUGUAAAGAUGAACUGUAAUCUGAUUUUAUCUAAUAAUAAAUAUAAUAAAUGAGAACUUUCUACCCUGAAAAGUUCAGUUUUAGUUUGUCCAAAGUGACUUUUUCACCAAAAAUUUUGCAUGGACAGAAUUUCAGAAUAAAAGUACCGAGCGUAAACAAAGAUGACUGUCAGAUCAGGAGUUCAGGAAGUCGUAAUCGUAGAUAUCAGAGCAGAUACAGCCCUAGGUUAUUUUUUUGGCUGAGAUCUUUGGACCUCACAGUAAACCGAGUCUAACUGAGGCGGUCAUGCAGCGAACACGCCAGGGAUCAGGGAUAACUGCACCAAACCGAAUCAAACUGGACCAGUCGGUGAAAAUGAACUGAAGAAGAGGAGGACAAGUUAGUGUGGCCCUAUGAUUUAGGCGUUAACGGAAAUGUGGAACUAGACAAUAAAACAGGAAUCUACUGUUUAACGCAGAAUUUCACGGAAAUUGGCAUGUAGUGACUGAAAUGCUGUUAUCGUGCACCACCCGUGCAUCUCUUUGCCCCCUCCCUCCAGAACAAACAGCAUGUUGAAGCGGCUGCCAGAGACAUCGGCUACAUCGGCGUCAAAACUUCAAAACUUCAAAACUUCUCGUCUGUCUCUAAAGUACAGAGUCGAGUGAUUUCCAAAAGACUUUUAUGUGUCAGGUGACUGGAAAUGCAAAAACACGUGUGACGACCACUCGUCGUGAAAAACAAAGAAAAACGACGUUUUGCUGCUAAUGCUAAUGCUAGCCAGGUCUGACACUAAAAGCAGACACACCGUGGUCGUAAAUAAGUGUAAAAGGUAAAAAACGGAAUUCGGGAAAAAUUAAAAUGGAUUUGAUACGACCCUGAGUUAAUGUGCUUAAAGAGAUAAAAGACAUUUUUAUGUUAAAAACUCUGAGGAUCACACUAAAAGGCUUUUUGACCUUACAGGCCACCGUAGUUUCACCUAUGAAGGGGUGAGUAAGGGAGCGUUUGUUUCUCACAUUUAAGUUAAACUCUUUAUUUUCCUUCUUUAUUAAAACGGUUCAGUGACUCCUGAUGUUUCAGAGGUUUUGACUUCACUCUUAAACUCUAUCAAUAAAGGAUCAAUAACAGGAAGUAUGAUUGGACUGUGGUUGAAGCUGCAGGUGUACGUGAGGAUGAAGUAACACGUUGGAUGUUCACCGCCGCUCUUUAGGUGAGAGAGCGUUUUGUGCGAGUGAGACUGUCGGACUCUGAAUGGCAGAAGCAAGCGGAGCAUUUACGUGUGCCUGUCAGCAUCCGCCCACGCCUCCAUCAGGACCCGAGUGUGUGUGUGUGUGUGUGUGCUGAGCGGUUGUCGCUGACGGCGUGCUUCUUUCUGCUCCUGUGAGUCUGAGUGUGUGAGUGACAGUCGUACGGCGGUGUGGAGUGUGUAAAUCUGCUUCCCUCAAAAGCUCUCAGCAGUGGGCCUUACAUUAGCACAACAAUUUACACAUCUGUCCUGAGGGCGAGGAGCCGGCAACUCCGAGAAUAAUGAAGCUUCAGUCAGAGAGAGUGUGUGUGUGUGUGAGUGUGUGUGUGUGUGUGUGUGUGUGUGUGUGUGUGUGUGUGUGUGUGUGUGUGAGCAGAGGUAGGAGAGACUCUGUAAACAACAGACAGAGGAGGUUUAUUAAAACCAAACCACCACUCACCAUCCUUUUGUCCUUCUCCUCCCUGCGUCCCUCACCUCCUCUCUCUCUCGCUCUCUCUCUCUUUCUCUCUCGCCCCCUCCCUCUCUCUCUCUCUCUCUCUCUCUCUUUCUCUCAGCCAGAGGAGCGAUUACAUGCCUCUGUCUCUCUCGUCUUUCAUCUCUCCCUGUGAAGAGCGGAGGAAUGAAGGUCCUCGGUGGCGUGUAAUUACAAAGAGAGAUCCUGGAUGAGGGCGUCUGUCUCCAUAAACAAAAAGAGCUCCCUCCCCCCUCUCCCCCGUCUCCCCCCCUCUCUCUCCCUCCUAAAUACCUCUUGAUAGGUGGAGAUCUAAAAAAGAGACGUUUAACUGCUUUGAUCCGCCGCAGGGCCCUUGUCUUUACCUGCCACUUACGGCGUCCUAAUAAGUACUAUCACAGCUCUAUUUAUUUCAUUAGAGGCGCUGACACUAACAUAUGCGUGGAGCGGCUCCAGCCUCCACCGUGGGAACCCAACGCUCGGCUCCUCCAUUCAUUUUCCAGCACAGACUCAUAAUCCUGACACAUUUACAGGCCGCUGCUCCAAUCUCACCCAUGAGUCAUAUUGCUGAAUGAUUAUGAAGGGUGGGUUUUUAUGGGCUUACAUUGGUAUUGGCUCUACCUCUAAUUGGCCCAAAGCACAUUUGCAUUCUGGGAAGGUAAUAAUGGCGCUCUAUGGAGGCACUUUAAACCACAAAGUCAUUGCACUCUGACUUAAUUCUGCUCGUAGAGGUGCUGAUGCCUCCAGAUGGCUUUUUACUGAGCGCGUGUGAUCGUACACUUUCUCGAUACUUUGGGAAUUUCUGACUUACCAGCAGUGCCACUGGUCUCCUGGUCCUCGUUUGUGUGUUAUAAUGUUUUAUUGCUUCUUAUUUCCUGCUUGUAGCAGAUGAGGAGGCAAAAACAAGCUCGCUCAUAUUGCACGCUUACGUAAUACAAAAAAAAGUUAAUAACUGGAGUUUCACACAAAACUUCAGACUUCUGAUAUUUACACUUUUUAAUAUUUUAAAAAUGACUCCACACGGGCGGCUUUAAAUGAAAGAGCUUAAACUGUCUUAUAUUCCUCCUUAAAGCGCUUAAGAGGAACCUUUGGUUUGUGUUGAUUUUGGCGCCCCCUGUGGACAAAGCAGUCAUUGCUUAUCCUGCCCUCACCCUGCUUUCUUUUGGCAGUCGAAUGUCGUGAAUUUAAAUGAAUAUUUAAUGUGAAAAAUCAUAAACUUAGCGCUGUUGUUGACUCCUGCCCUCACUCGCAUUAUUUUCACGCAUUAAAUACAACAAUAUAAAAAUGAUCGUUCAUGCUGCCGAUUUAAUGUCAUGAAAAGGCAUCAGAGUAAAUUUCAGUAAAUUUCAUUAACAUCAAAGAAGUCCUGAAAUCACCACACUGAUUCAUGUGGACAAUCUAAACAUCGACUCCAGUCCGGAUAAUCCGGUUUCAGAGAAUCAGGAAUAGUUUCCACACUUUCUUCUCUCACUCUCUGCUGCAGGUGGACUCUGUCUUUUUUGCUCAUAUGAGACUGUUUUUAGUGACUCUGACUAAAGACUCUAAUAUACUGUAACAUUAAUAAACUAUAACUAACAGGAUGGACAUGCAGAGAGUAGUAAUGUCAAACUGAAUACAGAAAUGAAGAGGCUGCAGGGUCGAUUCAGAACUGUGACUGUUAUAGGAGGAGGUGAGACGGGAUCAUGGAGCAGACAGGGCGGAACAGAGCUGUGUGUGUGUGUGUGUGUGUGUGUGUGUGUGUGUGUGUGUGUGUGUGUGUGUGUGUGUGUGUGUGUGUGUGUGUGUGUUUCGCCUUUUAUGAUGAUUAAUAACCUGUCCAUCCGUCUUUUUGGAAAGUAUCUUGAGAUAACGAUUGUUGUGAUUUGGCGCUAUAUAAAUGAAAAUUGAUUGAUUGGUUGAUUCCUCUAAAACAGAUCACCUGCUUACUCUGUAUAUUAGACUAUUAUACUGACUUUAAAUUAAGACCAUAUGGGCUGUAACUCCGUGUUUAUGUUUGUUAUUAGGGCUGGGACCAUAGGCUUUUCUACCGAUUUGAUUCUUCUACGAUUGUUUUGGAUGCCGAUUUGAUUUAAAUUGUGAUUCUACGAUAUUGUCGAUUUGUAGUCUGUAUUUGUAACACCAGUGAAACAGUUGAAAUAUUAUGAUUGUUUACUGACUAUUCCAGGAACCAUAUUUCCCCUAAAAAUAAACAUCACAUGUGAGGCAGUUUUUAAGAUUUAUUCUUUAAUUUGAAAAAAUAAAUACAUUUUUGAACGUAAAAAUUGAUUUAAAAAAUGUAGAACGAAGAAUUGCUAUAGUUACGUGACUUGAUCUUUUCUCCCACCCCUAUUCGUUAUGUUGCUCUUCUGUGUUUGCUGUGUGUCUCUCCUGAAUCUAAAUGAAUAAAUCAGAUUUUUUUGGCUCUAAAUUUGUACGAAAUAAUCUGAAAAUUCCCAAAAGUUAACUUAAGCUUUACCAGACCGCACCAAACAUUAAAAGCAUUGUAACAUAUGAAUUAAUCUGUCAGUUAAUUAUAUAUAUAAUUAAUUUUAUAGUCUCAUAUUCAGAUGUAUUUAUUGUGAAUGCUCACGUUACAGCCCUAGUGUGAAUAAAACGAGGUUAACGAGGUAAAAUCUGAGUUUAAAGGUUAGUUAAUGACGAUGAUGACUUUAUACAGACAAACAUGUCCGACUCGUGUCUCUCUGUGUUUGAGUGUGGUGUUGAGGGAGGCACUCAGAGGUCAUGCAGCGUAGUUUGACUCUCCUUAAAGGUCACAGAGGUCGAGCAGUUUCUGUAUGAGAGCUGAAUGUGUUUAACGUGUCUUUUUACUCGUGUAAAUCCGCCCCCAUUCUCUGAGACUCCACUGUUCCUCUGAACUCUCUGGGAGAUGAAGUGAGCAUUCGGCCGCAGCUCAAACAGACGUGGCGUCAGACAAUAGAGUCAGGGUUUCCACUGCACUUAGCUGAGGCUGCUGAAUACACUCUGAAUAGACCUGGAGUGGUGCGGCCAUGCAGCUGCCGGACAAUAGCCGGCUCAGCAGAAAGGCUGACGCUGACCCUGAGGUCUGCUGUGGCCCUGGUCCUCUCUGAUCCCUGAACCUUCAGCACACAGAGUCAGCAGCAGGAAGGCCGCAGAGAAAACCUGCAGUAAUUCCAGCAAAUCAACUGAAACCACAGAGCUGUGAAGACAGAGAGCAGCUCCUACAGGCAGAAGUUUGGACUUCCUGCAGAAAACAAGAUUAAUGAUGCUCCUAUUUAGUGUUUGUGGAAACAAAUAUAAGAAAUCCAUAUGAGCAGAGAGAGGAGGAGGAAAGUGGAGAACAGGAAAAGUAGAGAGGCGUGAGGAGAGCAUAAAGUCAUGUGGCUUCAAGUUGAGUGUCCACAAGAGCUAGUUUUUUUUAUUAUAAUUAUUUUUAAUGAUAUUUUUAUUUUUAUUUGUUAAUUUUUAAAUUGUUAUUAUUUAGUAUUUACUUUUCAUAUUUUCAUUUAUGUAUUAAUUAUAAUUAUUCUUAAUUAUAUAUCUUUUAUAUAUUUUUAUUUAUAAAUUUUUUAAACUAUUAUAUUUAUUGUUUAUUUUUUAUAUUUUUAUUUAUUAUUUAUUUAUUAUAAUCAUUUUUAAUUAUUUAUCUUUUAUAUUUUUUGUUUAUAUAUUUUUAAAAUUAUUAUUAUUUAUUAUUUACUUUUUAUGUUUUUAUUUGUUAUUUUUUGGUUAUUAUUAUUAUUAUUGUUUAUUUUUUUUAAUACCAUUUUCUAUUUCGUAUUUUUUCUGAAUACUAUUUUAUGUAGCAAACUUUUAUAAAAGGUUGAAAUAAACCUAAUUGUCUCUUUUUUAGUGAGCACAUACUCUGAAACAUUUUCAGAUGGAGGUUAUUAAUGGUGGUAAUUUGCUUCAGCCCUGAUCCACCGUUCGUCCUCAAACAUCCAUAUGUGCAGUAGAGUUUUUGGUAUUGGGGGCAGUUUGGUGGUAAAAAUAAAGUCUCUGAACUCCUGCGGUCUGACGUCGUGACUCCCUCCACUCCUGUCAUCCUCCUGAAGUUUCCAGGCACCAAAAUGUCAAACUGUAACUUCAAAAUACUGACUUAGAGAAGUUCUGCAUCCUCUCCUCGGGCCGUAAAAUCAUAGUGACACCGCUGAAGGAGCGGAGUUAAAACCUGGCUGAUGUUAAGGUCCUUAUUGGGGUCUGGCUGUGCCAUCAGAAAAUAAAGUUCAGGCUGUCUGUGAGUUUAAGAAGAAAAACGCUGAAUUUCUCACUAAUUCCUGCUUCCUCUUUCGUUUAAAAGCAGACUAGUGGACGGCUCGGUGUUUACACGCCGUUUUAACCUUGUACGCCUCUCCCUCUAAUGGAUAAUGGGUUUAUUGGUUUAUUAGGUUAUCUGGGUGAUCUCUGCCUAACUGGGCGGUGACGUGUUUUAAUAAAUCUGGAUGAGCCUGAAAUGUUCAGGAAUCCUUCUCUCUCUUUGUUUGAGCAGACAAUAGGAAGCGUUUUAUUCUCCUUCAAUAAUACCAACCCCCAGAGCCUCAGACGAACUCCCAUUCCCCAAAAUAAACACAAAAUCAAACACAACUUUACACAAAUCCCACCAUCAGGAAUAAAAACAUCCCCGCACAGGCGAUGAAGGCGCCGCUCCCCUCUCUGCGUUUGAUCACCAGCGGCCUCCCCUCCUCCUCCUCCCUUUGUGUUUAUUCUGGGGAUUAUUUUGACCUAAUCUCUUUAGAGCAUAAUUCAGAUUAGAUUUUGCGUUGUUAUUAUUAUUGCUUGGUCCGCUCCCCUCUGUCCUGCCUGCGUGGAGCUCCCCUGUUUGGAAAAUUGAUUAAAACUGCUGACCACUGCCCUAGAUAGCAAUGCAGGAUGGGAAAAUAACUGAUACUGUGCUGCAUAUUCAAAAUAAAUACACCACAUGCUCUGCUGCACUCACACAGAGCUGCAUUAGGCUGCAAGAUUUCCUCUCAUAAAUGUUAAACAGCCAUGAAGAAAACAUACAACUGCUCAUUACCUGCAGCAGUAAAAGCCACGUCUCCAUCUGUAUUCGCGCCGCCAUGUUGGUCCCAAAGUUACUCAACAAAGCAUUGAUAUGCAGACGUCAUGUUUAGUCUGCAAUUGGAGAUAGUGUUUAAGCACCAUCUGCCUCGUACUCCUGUGUCUGAGCGCAGAGAGCUCUUGAAUAAAUCACAGCCGUGCGUAAAAAACCUCACAGAGAGACGAGUAUAAAAACAAAUUUCCUCUCCUUCAGCGUGUUUGUAGCACCCGCAGUCGGAAUGAUUGUUUUCUUCAUUUUCUCAACCCAAUAUUGUCGGAUUUAUUCACUCCGGUGACAAUUGAGUCAAAUGACAGUGAGUCAUAACAACAUGGAGGCUCCUGUUCCUGCACACUCUUUAAAAAAGAUGGAGCGAGCGCCUACGUUCACCUCUCACACUCACAAAACACACACCGAGUCCCCGAGUCCCUGAAAUGCCUGACCUGCACUUCACAUCCUUCCCUCUGCUUGCUUGUUUUUCUCAAUUAAGAUGAAUUAUAGAAUUGCAUCGGGGAGCGGGGACGAGGAGCGCUUAUUGUGCUGCUACCCCGAGGCGCUCGUUCAAUGAGUGUUAGAGAGAGAAACAGAGUGCUGUGGAUAUUUUCGGUCUCAGAGCCGAACACCCCUCAGACUCCUAAUGGACCGCACGAUAUGCAACUUCAGCCGAGCACUCGUGCAUGUGGAGGGGGAGGCCAGAGGAGGUGAAGCCUAGGAGAGGAGUGAGGAGAGGAGGCGAGUGUGUGUUUGAGGCUGCAGUGUUUCAUUACUGGCCUCUUCUUCUCCUCGGAGGUUUUUCUUCAGGUGUGUGUGAAGGCAGCUCCUCCACACGGCGCCCGCCCGCCCGCCCGCCCGGUGAUUAGACGAGCUGCUCCUCUGUAAAUGGAUGCUAUUGAUCUCCACACCUUGUUACGGGGACCACCUCAGAACAUGAUGAGUCGGAGACAAGACGGCGUGAUGAAUCUAACGCUGCCUUAAAAAUCGCUUCUUCUGCUCAGCGAACUUUGCUGCUUUUUCAUCUUCACACUCAUUAAGAGCUGCACAGGUACGUCCACUCGGCCCCCUGUGGACCCCCUCUCACCCGCCUCCUCCUGUCCUUGUUUUUAUUUGCUCCACUGAUCGCCGUCUCUCUCUCCAUUAAAAUGAUUGGGGAUUGUGUAGCGUGUGUGUAUUAAUAUGCGGGUCUUUGGAGCAGUUUAGUAGCUGCUCUGCGUGUGAGAUCAUAAUUCAUGAGGAGAAAACACCGCUGUGAGCCUCCGUGUCGGGUAAUUACAUUCAGAUUGUGCUCUCUUGUUUUCCGACAUGCUGAUGCGGAGGAGUUCACGCUCUCCGGAUCAGCUGGGCCACCUGAGGGCGGACCAUCACGAGGCGAGGUUAGAUCGGGGGUCAGAGGAACGUGAGGCGGGGGGACCUUCACAGACGUGUGCGUUCAGCCUCGAUUUCAUCAGCUAUUAUGAUAUGAAGCAGUGAUGCUGGAAUAUGGAGUUAACCCAGAGCUGUGACCUUUGACCCUCUGAUUCAGGUCAGGUAAUUUCCAUUUAUGUAGGUUACUUCUGUUUGCUAUGAUAGCAGAAACAUCAGCAUGAAUACCUAAUGGGAUUUACACUUAAAGGUGCAGUGAGUGACUUUAUCUUCAGUGAAAUGGAAGAUCAGUGUCUCUACGGGAGCUCAGAGUGGACAAAUUACUCACAUGUGCUUCUUUGUGAGUUUGUUUUGACGGAUGUUUGAAAAAUGAAGGAUCACAUUGAGAUGAUUCUUGUCCUUAAAGGCCACCGUCCUUUCACAAACAGGAGGAGUGAGCACAGGAGCAGGUUAACUAUCUCAGCCUGUUUUUUUACAGACUGCACCUUUAAUCUACAGGAUAUUUCUCAGUGUUGUCUGACUAUCAGACAUGCCUGUUGGGUUUUGUAGACAGGACUCUCUGAAAGUGUUUUCUUGUGAUUUAAAAAAAUGUUCUGGUUUGAGUUUAUUUUCGGCAGUAAAUUCAAGUGUGACCUCGGGAAAUAACUAAAAAUGUUCUGUUUGUAACCAGCUGCCACAGCCGUGAAGGAUAAUUUUUGUCCUUCAAGGUCUCUUUUAGACCCACAAGAUAUUUCAGGAGGAUUCGAUUAAAACCUUUUGGAGAAGUUGAAUCUUAAAGUUUCCCCAAAAUGACGAUUUUUACCAAUUUUUUGACAUAAAAAUCCAAGUUCUUGACUUCCUGUUUGAUUUAUGAAAAAGGUCCAAGAGUCUUUUUUGUAGGUCUGAGCAGGAUACAUACACCUGCCAAAUUCCAGAAACCUAGAUUCAACUCUCUGCAGGGGCUAAAGGGGGCGCCACUGAGUUAGUAACCACGAACAAAACCGACAUUAAACUGAUGAUUCCUCUACUUUGUUGAAGUCUAUCAAGUUUUGUGGUUACUCAGGUAUGUUAAGCUUCUCAAAAAGUGACUUCCUGUUUCAACACCAACGAUGAACCGCGUUUAAAAAAGCAUCAGGAAACGAUUAUUUAGGUUUAUGCUCAGACACGGUUCAGCCUUAGGAUGGACCUGCUUAAAUCAAACCAAAUACUGAUGAUAGCUGAUAAUACGGAAAAAGAAAUAACUCUGAGGCCCCGUUUACAUGUACCCACUUAUUUUUAAAAACUGAGACAUUAACUGUCGUUUAGACGCAAACGGGGAAUUCACCCCUUAAAAUGAUGCUUUUUAAAAACUCCGGUCAGAGUGGAGAUUCUGGAAAACUCUGUUUGCACGUAAACGGAGAAAUCAGAGAUUUGAGGUGCCGAUGGCGACGUUGUUUACAAUCCACAGUCUAUGUUUACAAUCUGUGGUGAUCAUGGAUGCAGGCAGAUUAGCAGUUGCAGUCAUACCGGUGCGAUCUCUUUAUAUCUGCUUGAAUUUGCAAAAACAAGUUCUGUACCGUGUUGAGGAGCAGACGUUGUUGUUGUCGCUGCUAUGCAGGAGUCUGAUUGGCUAACGUGGGUUUGAGCUUCUCGCUACACUGCCACCUACAGGUUUGGCAUGCUCUUGACGGCAUAUUCAAACAGGUUAGUGUAGACAAAACUUUUCUGAAAAUGGAGCGGUGUGCUUUUUUGUUAACGGAGAGGGUUAAAUGUCUGUUCAUGUAAAUAGUGGGGCACGUGUAAACGUAGUCUGAGAUGAAAGAAUAGGCAGUAGCAAACAUCAUAACACAACAUUAGAAUUAUUAGAAACUCUGUUUGCAAACUAGCAAAGAAAGAACCUGCAGAUGAUGAUCUGAUCAAUUUUGGGCUGAAAGAUACAAAAAUCAAAGUAUCCUGAGUAUUCAUCUAAGUGCAGCAGAAAAACCGUCAAAGAAAGAAGAAAAUUUUAUAUCAAAACAAAAUCUGACAUUCACACAAAAGUGAAAAAAUAUCAGAGAAAGUUUUCAUCUGAGUAAAUCAGCAGAAAUAGAUUCUUAAAGUGUUUUCAGGGAGUUUUGACUUAUUUCCUCUUUUGUAGGUGAGCUUAACGCCACAUUCACGCCACAUACUGAUGCUGAACGGACGCCGUGUAAAGAGCCCAUCAUCAUUCAGAUCAGCACCUCUGUGACCCGUCCUUAAAAAUCCAAAUAAAUACAGAAAUGUUGAGUUUAGUGGUGAAAGCAGAGACAUCUUUGAGAGCGAGGGAAAUGAAGCAGACGCUUAAACGAUAAUAACCACGGUCAUUAUGGCUGUUAUUGCAAUUCAAGUCAGAAAUGAUCAAAAAUCUUUUCUCUUUCUGCAAUUUGAAGAAAUUAGAAAUUAAUUCUAAUAAGAUCUGCGCAGAAAAGUCCGGCUGUGAUAUUUCCACGGGGAUCUAUUUCCACCAGGUCGCCUCGGGAACGUUCAGCCGCCUCCUCCUCCUCCUCCGUGUUGACCAGCGUCAGUCUGCCGCAGAGUUGAUAAAGCUGUUGUGUCUGGAGUCAUUUCAGAGUAUUUGCAGAGAAGCUGCACAUCCAGUCUCAUUUUAUUCCCAUCAAUCAUCAGCUGUUUGUUCUUGUGUGUUAAAAACCCAAACAGACCUGAUUUUUACUUUAGUGUGUGUGUGAUGGAGCUCCUCACAGCGGCUCUGUAUUAUAAUCACCGCUCACCUGCAUGUUCUCCAGCACAUCCUGUCCCCGCUCACACACACACACACACACACACACAGGCUCUUUGUUGUUGUGGAAAAUGGAAGUUGUGAAGUCAGUCAUGCUGAAUAGAUUGUAAAUUGUGGGAAAGAUAUAAACACCUUUAUGUUCGCAGGCAGCCAUUGUGCCGCACAAAUGAACUAAGUGACCGCAGCCGUAUGGGGGUCAAGCCGUUCUAUUCUGGAGCUUUCCAGCACAGCGAGGCCAAUCAAGACCUGCGGCGUGGUCGCUCUGAGGGCCACGCCUGCUUACUAUAGACUCUGUAGGAGUGAGGCGGCGAAAAAUCAGAGUGUUCGUAUCAACAAUGAAGAAGAUGACUGAGCGUGACGUGAGAGGAGAGUUUGUAUAAUCGAUCCAAUCAGACGGAGGUACGGGGCCGGAAGGACACAGCUGAGAAAAACACUAAAAUGUGAUAUAUGAGAGACGGAAAGGUUACGGUAAAAAAAAACAACAACUUCGUCUGAAUAUGUGAGUCAGUUUCAGAGAGAGGAGAACAGUCCGGACCAAUCGGGUCGACCCUCUACUCUCUAAGUAGAUCCGGUUUGGAUCAUCAGAGUCUAUGUCAUCUGUGAAGGCUUCAUCAAUCCUGAACUUUAUCUACAGAUUUAGGUCCCUGGACAAAUCUCUGUACUAAAGGAACUAGGACCAAAACCAGGACUGGAUGGUCCUGAUCUUCAGGGUCGGGCUGUCCUGAUGCUUCUUUUACAACUUUACUUCCAAUAUGAUACAGAUAUUUUAGCCCUGACCCAAGAUUUCCACCGCAUCUGAAAUGGCUCCGAUCCGGAACGGUGACAAUCUUCACCUUACGCCAAGUUCUUCCGGAUCCAUUGGUGAGGCUAAUUUCAUGGCAGAUUACGUACAGCAGGAAUCGCAAGAACUCACAAGAACCUGCGGAUUAAUGUACAAUCUCGCGAUAACGAGUCGUCUCUCUAAAGACAGACACAUAGACAUACAAGCAGUAGAUUGUGUCCUUCCAGAGGAGGAAAUCUACUUCUAGACUUCUAGAAUCAGCAUCUCCUCAUCCAUGGUGUCAUCGGGGUGAAAUGACGUCUAAAAACCUUUCACUUGUUCGUCUCCGCCCGUUUGCACGGUGUGAAAUACGAUCCUCCUGAAACACGGAGUGUUUUAUUUUGAAAAGAAGACGGAUGUUUUAUUUUGUGUCUGUGCCCGACUUCCUUUCCAGCACGGGUUAAUCUGUGCUGAAUUUAUCCGCCAUGCUCCGGCGUCCAGAAAAAAUAGAACUCUUGCGAUCAGCUGAGGAGUCCGGCGAUCCGCAGAGGAACGGAAAGAAGUCGGUGUAAAUUGACACGUUAACUUGAAUGGUUACGAUCAGCUACGAUCGGAGGAUACGACCUUUUAGGAGACGAUCAGGGUGAAGGUGGAGAUUAGGAGUCAGUAGCAGUCAAUACUGAUAUUGAUCCGAUAUUGGCAUAAACUUGUUUUUCACUCAGCUGCUAUGUCUUUUUCGGACCCUAGCAAAAAAUACUGCCACACAACUGGACUUACUUCCUUUCAACGAAGAACUAGAAAUCAUAGAUGCUGCAUCCUCAGUUUUAAACAACAUCUCCAGGUUUAGGAGGAACAUCUGCGUCCAUCUAGACAAAGAUUUUUUCAGGGAAGACCUUCAGAUGAUCCCAAACUACAUUCUGACAACAGCAUGGCUCUGUAGGAGAAGAGUCCUUUUGUGUCUUUAUUAGUCAGGACAGCUUUUGUGUUUAACUGCAAACGUCUCAAAUAUCCACUCAGGUCAGCAGAUGUCUUUCUGUUUAGAUCCUCUUAAAUCGACCCGAGCGUUCCUGCUGGUCGUGGUCAUAUGUAACGGCUGUUUUCCUUUAUUGUGCUUUCAGUCUUUUGCGGCGCUUCUUUAGACACGUCUGAAUUCCUGAACUGAUUAUUUAAAGUUAAUCUAGAGGAGGCGGAUUAAUCCAGACUAGAAAAGGCCGUGUGGACCUUAUAGUCCUAUAUGUGGUUUCAAACCUUUACUCCUUAUCUGAACACAUUCCAUAGAUCUGCCCAUAAAUCCCACAAACACUCCCAUCUAAUCAGAUCCUCCCGUAUGCUGCAGGAUGAGGGCUCUUCUUCUUAAGGCUGUGUGUGUGUGUGUGUGUGUGUGUGUUUUCGUGUGUGUGUGCACAGUAAACACACAAACACUCUUGUUGGGUCCGUACCUGUCAUGGUUUUUUUACUCUUCAGAGAGUAUUAUCCGUCACAGCGAUGGAUUAUGCAGCCGACUUGCCUCCACCUUGUCAGAUUGAAGGCGAAGCAGCAGCAGCAGCUACAAUAGCAGCAGAUUCCAGGUGUGUGUGUGUGUGUGUGUGUGUGUGUGUGUGUUGAGUUGUGCGUCUGUCACCUGGUUGUGUUUCUGCAGGUCUGUGCGUGUGUGAGUUCAUUUAUCUCGUCUCCUAGCAGAGCUCUUUUCAUCCUCCAGUAAUCAAUACUGGUCCUGUGAAUCCAGGUCAUCCUGACUCCUGUGGCUUCUCCUCCGUCUCCUCUCCGUCUUUCUCCCGCUCCGUCUUUAUCAAUCUCUGUCUCCCUCACUCCCUCGCUCCGACUCUCUUUCCAUCUUUGUCUUCUUCAUCUCUAUUCCUGUCUCUCUUUUUUACUCACACACCGUCCUCUUCCUCCUCCUUCUCCUGCUGAAAAAUUACUCAACCCAUCUGGACGGCGCCCUGCACGGCCACGGCGCUAUUAGUCCUCGUUUGGGUCGAGAUUAAAAAUAGAUCAGAGUCAGAAUUAGUCAAGUCCUGUUCCCUUUUAACCUUCCCUAGUCUCCUUUCCUUUUAGAAAGUGUCUCCUCAGAGCUCCUGUGUGUGUGUGUGUUCGGCGUGUGUGUGUGUGUGUGUGUGUGUGUGUGAUGAGAGGGAAGCUCUGUUUGUCAGAGUCUGUGUACCGCCUGCGGACCUCUUCGCUGGAUGCUGUCUCAUGUCGAGCGCCGUGUUUGAGAGGCUUGUCGAGGUAAAGCUCCUGUCAGCGCCCGGCCGGAGGGAGCGCGCUGAUGAAAGGCCUCUUCAUCAUCCUAAUGGGAUACACAAACCUCUUAACCAGCACCGCCGCCAUGGCGUUGGCCGGGUGACGCCGAAGAGGAGGAGGAGGAGAAAGGAAGAGGGAAAGAGAGAGAGAGGUGAAAACACACACAGGUCAGAAUAACGCCGCGUGUAAACAAAGUCACGCCGCCGGGACUCUCGGCUCUGCGGCCUGAGGUUUUAGAGGUUCAGUGGGCCGGGACUGCGGGGAUCUGGGACAGGAAGUUAAUACCCGUCUGUCCGCUGGACCACAGCCGUGUGACCCCUCCUUCCCCCGGCGCAGACCCAGAGUAAUGGGAUCUGAAAUACGUCAAAACAGCCUCAUUCAGAAAUCUGCUCCAGUGACGAGAUAGAAAGAGAAAAGUCGGCUUUGAGCGACGCAGCAGACGGACCAAAAACACGUGACCUUUGACCCCGGAGACGACUUCUAACCUGACGCAGUUUAAACCGAGUCCUCCAUGAUUGUUUUAAGAUACUCGCCGUGUGUAUUAUGGUCAAACCGAAACAGACAGAGACUUCGAUAAAAAACAGACGUACAGACGGUCGUCCUCACAGGAAACAGACUUUGUUUCCAUGGAAACGUCAGAACGCUCAUGAAGAUCUCUAAAGACAGACUCUCUCUCUCAUGGUGCUUUUACUGUCCCUCUGCUUUUCAGACACACACUCAGUCCGUUUACACGACACCCAAGAAAACCGAAUUAUCGCCUUAUUCCGAUUAAAACCGGACAAUUGAAGGUCAUGUAAACACUUUAGUCCGACUGUAAUCAGAGUUUGAGAACUCUGAUUAAGACACCCAGAUGAUGUGAUUGGAAUUCGAUUUUCUCUACCAUUUAACCAGUGUAGUCGGAGUAUGACGCCACGCCCCCGUAACCCUGUAACAAAACCCCCAGAGUAGAGGAGUAGCGUUCGUCUCAUCUUUAGAAAAAGUAGCGCUUCCAUCAUGUCGGACAAAAACAACGCUGUACGAUGCUCCAUCGUCAAGACCCAUAUCGCCCCCUAGUUUUGGGGAGGAGGACACGUUCACGUCAAUAAUUCAGUUUUCUCAGCUGCAUGUAAACUCUCCCUGCUCUCCUCUCUCCUCUCCCUGCUCUCCUCUCUCCUCUCUCCUCUCUCCCCUCUCCUCUCUCCUCUCUCCUCUCCCUGCUCUCCUCUCUCCUCUCUCCUCUCUCCUCUCCCUGCUCUCCUCUCUCCUCCUCUCUCCUCUCCCUGCUCUCCUCUCUCCUCUCUCCUCUCCCUGCUCUCCUCUCCCUGCUCUUCUCUCUCCUCCUCUUUCCUCCUCUCCUCCUCUCUCCUCUCCCUGCUCUCCUCUCUCCUCCUCUCUCCUCUCUCCUCUCUCCUCUCCCUGCUCUCCUCUCUCCUCCUCCUCCUAAAUAUACUCCCUAAAGAGUGCAUGUGUCGUUGUUAUUGCGCUCAGACGCUGCACUGAUGGUCUCGGCUUUAUAGACUCAGCAGCCUGGCUCUGAUCUCUCUCCUCUCUCCUCCCCUCCUCUCUUCUUCCUCCUCCUCUCUCCCUCCUCUCCUCCUCCUCCUCCUCCUCUGUGAUCUCCUCGUCUCAUUAAAUUAAUGAUCAUGCGCUGAACGCCGCUCACACCUCUGCUGUUUUCUGACAGAUUACUCACAACAUGGAUGUCAUUGUCAGGUCUCCACGCCGCAUGGCGAGCUGACAGCGCUCCCCUGCAGCUCCUCGCUGUUUUCUGAAGACCCCACAUGAUCUCCUGAUGGAUUCACAAACACUUUCAUUUGAGAUUAAAAGUCCUGUAGUGUUUUCUGGAGUGGGCGGGGUUUGGAGGAUCACAGACUUAAGUCGGCAGCGUGGUUUGACCCCUGCCAGAGGAGGAUGCGUGGUCACCAGGCGUGCUGCGGGGGGGUGACACACGGAGGAGGAGGAGGAGGGGGUGAGGAAUCGGGAGAGAGUCGCUCAUCAUUACCGUCACAGUGUCACACACUCUGGACGCUCAGUGUCGGCGUCCGUCUGUGUCGGCCCUGGGCGUCUGGCGGGUGACACUCCACUUCUCUCUCAUCCAUCCGUCUUUCUCGGCCUGUUUUGGCGUUUUCUCUCCCAUUCUCAGCCGCCAUGCCAACAGGGGUUCUGGUCAUCCCCGGCCUCCAUCAUGGACCAGUCUUUCCAGCGCAGUCACACUGGUCCCCGCCCCCCAAGGCUCCUCGUUGUUGUCCUCCCUCUCCUCCCUCACAGUCCCCUCCCUGCUGUCUCCGGGUCAAGGACGAGUUCCCGUCUCUGCGGCGUGGAGCAGCAAAAGUCUCAUGAAUGAUUGAUGUGAGCGUGCUGACUCAUCACUCAGGAGAAAGGAGCCGAUAUUUUGACCUGAAACAUAACAAGAUUUACCUCCUUGAAGACGGGAGGAAUUGCAAAACGGGGCCGGGGAGCGAGUUGCAGAAAAGUUUGCGGCGCCGCUCCGUCCUCGUCCCUUUGUUGCUCCGUUAUCAUUAUCAGCUCGCCCAGUUUCACCAUCUGUUAGCGGCUGAGAUUGGCGGAUAUGGAAAGGUUGUGCUGGCCUAAAGUGAUAGUCGGUGAGAUGCUGCUGCUGCUGCUGCUUUAGUUAUUACUUUUAUGUUCUGCUGCUGCUGCUGCACUGCUCUGAGAUUACGUGGCAGUCAAACACUGCGGUGUGCGUUUCCCCCUCCUAUCGUGAACUGCACAUUUCCGUCUGAAGUUUGUCUUCCUCUGGGUUUCGAUUAUUUCUCUUGCUUUCUGUCGGACCGGUGAGGAAAAAGUACUCUAUAUCUAUUAUUAAAUUGAAAAAAAAAGAAGGAGCUCCUGUUUCUGAAACUGUGACAGAAAAACAAAGUAGGAGAGCAAACAAAGCAGAGCAGAUGAGACCACGGGGUCCGGAUGGAAAUCUCCAACCUGAAUGGAGCGAGGGAGCGGGAGACGUCCGAGGCAGGAGGGUAAAUUUAUUUUUGAGAGGAUGAUGAAGUGAGGUAUAACGGGAGUGAAGGUAAAAGAUCAAAAGGAUAAAACAGCCAUUAGCUUCUGGACAGGACUGCUGUUGCUUACAGGACCCCGACGCCGUGCGGGGCGAGGAGAUUGAAUCUGUCCUCUAUUUUCUGCCUCUCCAUUUGUCCUCCUCUGCUAUCACCUCAUCACCUCUCCUCAUCUAUCUCCUCCAACAUGGAUUUUCUGCCUAUUAGUGCCCUAAUCUUUUCUGUUCGCUGUCCACCUCCCUGUCUGUCCUCGCUAUCUGUCUAUUUCCAACUCGGCCGCUCUCAUUUUUAUUUCAGAGUAUCUCAUUAAAGGAACAUUUCGCUAUUUUGGGAGCGAGAUGGGACGAGUUACACGUCACCAGGAUUUAAAUGAGUAACGGCACGCAAGCUAGGCUACGGUCUUCUGCAGACAGUCAGACUCUGACGUGUGAUUGGGUGAAUUUUUAAAGACAACAUUAAGCUCAUUUGUAUUUGCAGACACAUGCGUGUUCUUCUGUAUGCAGCGUGAUCGUGAAACAGGUCAAUGAUGCAUGGAUCACUGAUACGGCUUUGCACCUCAAUUUUGCAUGAUGUUAAUCUAGGGUGACCACAUGUCCUCUUUUUAGGGGCUGUCCAAGUUUGUCCAGGGAAGUUUAUAACAUCUUUCAAACGUCCGCGGUUUUGUUUCCAUUUUGUGUCACUAACUUAGUUAAAAGCACGUAAAAGACACUCGAUCCGACCCGAAAAAAUCUUAAAAUUAACUUUGUGUGACUCUGUGACUCCGCCCCCGCAUAGUCUUGUUCUCUAGUUAAUCAAGUCUGCAGUCUAGGGCUGGGCAAUAAACCGAAAAUUACAGAUACUCAGAUUUGCAACAACAACCGAUGUCAUUUUGCCCAUAUCAAUAUAUUUGGUGUCAAAAAACUAAAUAAAUCAAAGUUGUUUUUGGAUGUGUGUAGGUAGGCUAUGGUCUCAUGUCCCUUUAAGACGCUGUCCUACGUCAGAGACGUGACUCCACCCCAUCCAGUCUGUAACAAAGAGGGAAAGACAGGUGAGGAGAUGGAGGACGGAGAGAAAGUUGUAGCGGCUGAAGUAGACGAAGUUAAUGUGGGAGUGGGUGAGCAGCUGGUGGAGUAGUUAUCGUCCAUUUAUCGUUAUCGAGGUGAACUGAUCAAUAUAUCGUGAUAUUGAUUUGAGGACAUAUCGCCCAGCCCUAACAGCAGACAUAUUAACCUGCAGGCUGGUUUUGUUGUAAAGUUUGAAUAUCAACUUUGAGGGUUUAAAUUCUAGAUAAGAGGUGACAUCCUUAAAAAACAAGAAGUCUGUCUGCUGAUAUCUGCAGCCUCGCUCGCUCGCCGUCUCUCCUGACUCUGUCUAAUAAAAGGGGCGGAGCUAACCCACAUCCACUGGGGCUAAAACACUUCCCUUAAAAACACAAACAUUUCCAUUUAAAUCCAGAUUUUUAUCACAGAGAUCUUGUCUGAACGGUUAUGAAACUCUUAUUUAUUCAUAAAACAAACAAUUUGAUAUAAAUAUCAAUAUUUAAUUUUGCUCUCGGGCAGUUUGUGGAUUAUUUAUGCACAUUUUUCUACCUUGAACUGCAAAUCUCAGAGUUUUUCUGUCCAAAUAUCUAAAACUUACAAACUCCAUCUGUCUCUCCCUCUCUCUCUCUCUCUCUCCCUCUCUCUCUCUCUCUCUCUCUCUCUCUCUCUCUCUCUCUCCCUCUCUCUCUCUCUCUGUCACUCAAACACACAUUCGGCCUACAGCACCCUGCUUGUUGUGUACUGCAUAUCUGGGGAUUUCUCUGAUGCAAGGGGACGCAAUGAAGGAACAGAGUGACGCCAACCUCCUCUGUGUUUGUGCCAGACACACACACACACACACACUCGCGCACGUGUGUGUGUGUGUGUGUGUGUGUUUUCUCGUUCCCUCGCCUCACUUUGUUUGUCCAUGUGUGUUCCUCUCUGUCACUCUGACUCGGACUGCGUUUGUUUACGAACGUGGACGUCUGCUUUAGUGUGUCAUGUGCUGCACACGGCGGUGAAGGCGAGGUCUGCUUCCUACACGCCGUCCAGCCUUCUGUUUUCAGUGUGUGUGUGUGUGUGUGUGUGUGAGAGUGUGUGAGGAGUCAUGUGCGUGGCCCGUCGAUCCGCUGUCAAUCCGGCUCAUCUCCUCAGCUGUUCAUUAGCAUGACAGAGGAGCUCUCCUGCCAAAGCAGUUAGUCACAAGAAUCAGCUGCUGUCACAACACAUUACAGCAGCGGGCGGCCAUGAUAGUGCUGGCAAUCAUGGCCGCCGUGGCCACAGUACACACACUUUAACACACACUUGGACACACACACACUUGGACCAAUCAGAAGUUACUCUUGAUCUCCACCCUGGACUGUUUGUGUCCCUCCGUCGUCCUCCUCGAUCCGUCUUUGCGUGGAUACCAGCUUACACUAAGUCUCAUCAUUAGUCUCCUCCGUCCUCCUCCCUCGUCCUCCCUCGUCCUCCCCCCUCACAUUAGCCAGGUUACCUGCCCUCACCCCUCCGUCUCUCCAUGUUCUUGUCUCCUCUCUGAAGUUUCCUCCCAGUCUGGCUCUAUUUCUGUCCUGGUAAUGCUCAAAGACACAGAGACUUUUCAUUUUUAAUCUCACUCCUCCCCUGUGUGAUGUUUCCUCUCUCUCUCUCUCUCUCUCUCUCUCUCCCUCCUCCCUCCAUCCGACACUUCCCUCUGUCUUCGUUAUCACCUGCUCCGGGUGUCUGAUGUGAUUUGUACAGGAAGUUUGAUCCACCCUCGUCUCGCCGUCACUAGAGGACCGACUUGUCAUAUCAGAUCAUACGGAGCACAUAUGUUGUGACGUCUUCGCAGAAUCUUUAGACCUCACACUUCGUCACGUGAAACAACAAAACAUCCUAAUGAGACCUGGAGGAUUCACUUCAUAAACACGCUUGUUUUUCCUGCUGUUAUUAGAAUAAUUUCACAGAUAUUUACAGUUUCUGUUUUUAUUUCUUACAUUUCCUGCUUUAGAAGAGGUGAAGGAGCUAGUUCAGUCAUGCAGUUUUAGCUUCACGGUUCUCACACCUGCUUCUUGCGUCAUUAUCACCUUCACCCGACAAAAAAUUCCUCCCAAUUAGGCGUCCAAUUACAGCCAUGCAGGGAGCCUGAGCUCUACCAUAAUGACCUGAAUAAAGGGGCACUGCUGUUGUUACGUGGAAGUGGGACCAUCUCAAAAUCAUGAUUUAGUGACUAAAAGAAUCUUCACUGUCAUAAAAAACAUAUUAUUUUUGUGGUGACAUGAAUGGUUUGUCUUUAAAAUCCACUCACUGUGUGAGAGCGGCAGCUUUCUGGCAAAAAUCAGGAUCCAUGUAUUUUAAGAGACGGGAUCCAAUCCAAACAAAGAGGCAAUCUGUGAUGUUUUACCUCUAGAUAUUAGUGAAUAGUCUACGGCUGGGCGAUAUGGCCUCAAAUCAAUAUCUUGAUAUAUUGAUCAGUUCACCUCAAUAACGAUAAAUGGACGAUAACUACUCCACGAGCUGCUCAGCCCCUCCCACAUCAACUUCGUCUACUUCAGCUGCUCCAACUUUUGAACCGUCCUCCAUCUCCUCACCUGUCUUUCCCUCUUUGUUACAGACUGGAUGGGGUGGAGUCACGUCUCUGACGUAGGACAGCGUCUUAAAGGGACAUGAGACCAUAGCCUACCUACACACAUCCAAAAACAACUUUGAUUUAUUUAGUUUUUUGACACCAAAUAUACAGAUAUGGGAAAAAUGAAAUUUUUGGGUUAUCGUCCAGCCCCAUGAUCGUCUUAUUUUUGUUGUUAGCAGACUGCGCUCGAAGGUGUCUGACAUUUUUGUAUUGGUCAGUCCACCAAUCAGGGGCUGUUUCUGCGAUCAGCUGACCUAAAGUCCAGUCAGGAACCGGACCCUCCUGUCCCAGCAGAGCAGAGACGGUAAAUAAACUCGUCACAGAAAACCUGUUAAGGCCGAACAGUAAAAAUCUCCAGGAACUUGAUCGAUAAGCAGCAUUGAUAAUGGCUUUGGUAUCUUACAGUCCUUUCAGUUCUUGUUCCUGGUUUUGCUCCACAUGAAUACAGACUUAUUUCUAAAAUAGAGACGAGCCUGAGGUUUCUAAUUUGAUCUGUAACAAUAAAAACCAACUAUUAUUAAAAUGUUAUCUAAGGUCUAAACACAAAGUUUAAUGAAUCAUCUCAUGAUAACGUCAGUGUUGAACUUGGUGAUCAGGAGAAACCUCUGGACCUCCCUCAGUCAGUCAGAGGUUCAGUCUGCAGGGAUCUGGAUCAGGACUCAGCGGGUCACUGGUUCAAGUUUUAAUACAGACUAUAGAGUAAAAAUCAGGCUGAUGGUUGGAGAGGAGCCAGUCCAGCAGCUGGGGGCGUCUGUCCGUGUGCAGCCCGCUCCCUCUGACAUCCCCCCCCCCAGUAGUUCAUGACCACAGAGUCCAGUUCAUGCACGAGUAUUUCCAGUCUACAUGUGUGCAUGUUCAAUAAGGGGGUUAAAAAUAGACCCUCCCCUGGGGUUCGAUAAACUAGGUCUUGGCUCAGAUCUGUAUAUGAUGUAUAAAAUCUAUGCGUACUCAGUUACUGCUGUGCAGAGAUGCAUGCUGUGCGUUUGUGUUAUUUUAUGCAUUUUAAUCAAGUUUAAGUUUGAGUUUAUUUCCCUCAUGAACCUCGUUGUAAAUUUCCAGGAGUGUGCAGAAGAGCUGCGUGUGUGAAUGUGAACGGAGGACUUUUAUAUUUCUCCUUUUUGGAAAAUGUCGUUUACAGAUGAUGGUUGACGCAGUUAUUCAGAGGUGGAAAUGUUCGUGUUUCUCUGCUUUAGACUCAUUAACCGUCUCCUAAAUUAUCGAUAUUGUUUUCUACCGCCGUGUCAGCGUGGGGGAAACCGUCUUGAAAAUAAAGCAGAGGUAUGAAGAGUCAUCAUUACUGAAGACUCUUUAUCCUCCGGCGUGUGCUACCACGCCGCUUCACCCUGACCUUCACUGAUCAAAGCGUAUUGAGUUGUUCGAGCACGUCCGACCAGGAGAAUCUCCUGCUGUGAGGCGCAUGUGUGAACAGCAAGUUCCUGAAAAUCUCGGCGCCGGAUUUCUCCGAAAUUAUCCGGUAAAUGUCAGGAGUUCAUGGGUGAGGAAGAGGAAAAAGCCCGUCUGUGUGUCCGUCUGUCUCCAUAUUUUUAGGGACGACCUUGCAGGAGGUUGUAUGAAUAUACAAAAUCAAUGAAUAAAAUCAAUAUUUAAUUACUGUACUGUAAAAAAAGCGUGUAAUAUACGGGCGUAAAUUUGUGACAUUUAUUAUUUUAAUCUAUUCUGGCGGCAGGAGCUUUGCAGAGGACAACAGUGUGUCCUAAAACUGGUCCAGUUCAGAACGGUUAAAGCCGUCCUGAUGCUGAUAAUCUGAAAGUCAAACAGAAACUCUGUCGAUGAUUUCCAGACCGAGCGUCGAAAAUGAGAGAGCGUCAGGGAUGGUUGUUUGGAGCAGCGGCGGCGGCGGUGGAGGGUGGUGGUGGUGGAGGGUGUUUAGGUGGAGGACGUGUAAUUUGACUGUCUGUGUGUCUUCAGUCCGACCAGAAUCUCUGAGUGGGGGGUGAAGAGGUUUGUGUUUGUGUGAGGUCAACCCCGCCCUCACUGUGUGUGUGUGUGUGUGUUUAUGUGUGUGUGUGUGUGUGUGUGUGUGUGUGUGUGUGUGUGUGUGUGUGUGUGUGUGUGUGUGUGUGUGUGUGUGUGUGUGAGAAAAAGGAGAAAAGUGGGAGAGCAGGGAUUUACCUGUGAGGCGGGAGCUGUCAUGUCUUGUCUGGAGGAGCGGCCAUCAUCAGUCUAACUGGUUUCGACAGACAUCCUCCACCUGUACACAUUUACAUCUCUGCUCUUUAACAGACAACAGUUUAUACUUCUGCAUGAGAAUAUUUCAGAAACACAGUCAUCCUCUUUAUUAUGUGGAUCUUUGAGUCUAUUCUCUGCUCUCAGAUCAGAUCUUCUCUUGCAUAGAUCACACUCUGCAGCUCUGAACGUGGAGGUAUGAAGAGAGGAGCUGAGUGAAGCUGCAUGAACUUUACUAAUAAAUUCAACUGACUGACAUGCGAUCAAUAAUUCCAGGUGAUUUUUCAGAUGUUCAAUAACUUAAACUAUGACAGACUCACUGUCUUCUGUAGAAAUAGAGAGUAAAGGAUCUUAGCAGUCCAGGCAUGUGCAGAAAACACUGCAAGAUAAUCAGGUACACACUGUCUGAACAUCACAUCCUUCUUAUUUAUUUAUUAUUUUUUGCUGUUACGCUAAUGUUAUAAUAUCCUGUGAAUAACUAAAAAAAAACAUUAGUGUUCAUCGUUGUUUCAGUUAUCAAUACUGACUGAUCAACAUCACAGUACUUGGAGAUAAUUUUGCUCUUUUGUAGUGAAGUGAUUCAGCUGGAUUUGAACCAAAAUGACGUCAAAACUUUUUUAACCUGAAAAAGUCAAAAAAUAAAACAACAAAUUUAUCAGCUGAGACGUUGAUUCAGACUGUAGUGAUAUCAUCAGAGUACGGAGAUAUACUGCAUUCACAUCCCAGGAAAAAAAAGAAACUGUUUUUCUGAGUUUUUUAUUUUUUACUGUUUUAUAAUUUUUUUUUUUUUUUUUUUGUACUAAUAUUUUAAAUAUAUAUAUUUUUUGUUUGUUUUUCUGUUUUACAAACUUUUUUUCUGUAACUUUUUUUCGUUUUUUUUGUUUUUUGAACUAUUUUUUUCCUGGCUAAAUGAGAUACUUAAAAUCCUGUGAGAAUCAGAUACCGUUAACCACCGCGGCUGCUUCAAAUCAACUGAUUCUCCGACUCCUAGAUAACUUCAACUAUGGGGUUGAUGAGAGUGAAGCGUAUUAUUAGUUAAACAUAGAGUAUGCUAAUCCUGAGGCGUCUGCGCAAAGUAGACAAACUUAUAAAGAUUCCAUCGAUCCGACUUAAAGAAAAGGAGGAUCUCAGAGCGUCUCAAACCCAAGAGAAAGUCAAACUUGUUCAAACUAAACAAGUGGGUCAUGAAUCGAGCAGAGGAGGAUGAAAGCGUUUUUAAAUGAUCAUGAUCCCAGAGAAUAAGAAGAAAUUAGUCUGAAAAACAAAAUUAAAAAAACUGUCUUAAAAAAAAAAAAAACUUUGGAAAACAGAAAAAAAUUAUUCCGAAAAACAAAAUUAAACAAAAUUUUAAAAAACAGUUUAAAAAAAACCCUGAAGUCUAAAAAAAAUUAAUAAAAAAAAAAAAAAACAGGAAAACUAGUUUUUUUAAGAAUUAUAAUAAUAAUAAUAAUCAGUCCGAAAAACAGAAAAAACUACUCUGAAAAACAGAGCUUUUUUUUUGUGAAUGCAUUAGACCUCCGUAUCAGAGGACCUCUGUUGUGCUGGAAUAUUCCGGAUGCAGCUGUUAGUGUGUCUGAGCUGGUGAGCAGCCGCCUGCUGUGAGGGAGGAGGGAAACAGAAACAGCUCAGAAACUUCAGGGAUUUCAUGUUUUACAUCGACAGGAGGAAAAAGAGAAAGAAAUACUUUUUUUUUUAAACUUUAAUAAGACUGCAGAAAUAUAGUGUUAGGUAACUCAAAACUCUGAUGGAUUUCUUUGUCCUGCAUCGGCUCCAUCAUGAUCGGACUGCUCUCUUGUAAAUCAGGAGGUCAUCAGCGUCGACUCACAGACAUGCUUCCAGCUUCAAACAGUCCAAUGAUCUCCAUGCAAACAUUCAGGGUGUUUGGACUGUGUGCACGCUGGAGCGUCUGCUGUUUGUCCUCUGAGGCGUCUCUGUAAGUGUGCGUGAGCCGCAAUCAGCUGGAGGAGCGAGGAGAGGACGGAGGAGUGACCCCGACGACGAGGGGAAGGGGGUGAGGUGGAUCAGAGGACAAGGGGAGGGAAACAAGAGAGGGGAGAGGGGUUAGAUCGUCUGCAGCAGACCUGAUACAAGUACAGUGAGAUGGAGGGUGAGGCUCGGGGGUGAGGAGGAGGGAGGAGGGUGGGGGGGUAGAGUGGGUAAUUACAGGGGCCCAGAGAGGAGAGGCCUGUAAUCAGCCUGCCCUCAGGAAGGAAUGCAGCUCAUCUUCUCAUGUAAUUACUGCCAUUUAAACGGCCCCGGCUCCCAAACACUCAUCCCACUGUAGUCCUCACCUAUAUGUCCUCGCACGAAACACACACACACAGACACACACACACACACACACACACAUACGCAGAGUUACAGUCAGGUUUCCAACGGCAGAGAAAGACAGAUUUUCGGACGUCCAAAUCGAGGAAGUGAGGUGGCAAAAGAAAGACAGACAAUGUAUGUGUGUGUGUAGAUGUGUGUCUGUGUGCAUGAGUGUGUGAAGGUGUGUGUGUGUGUGUGUGUGUGUGUGUGUGUGUGUGUACCCCUGGUAAUGGCUGUGCAGACUGCAGGCCUCUGGAGGAGCCGGCUCCAUGUGAAUACCCACCAUGGCAACCAGCCACUCUGGGUAGAUUUGCGUAACUCUCAUCAAGCAGCUGCGCAGACAAGCAGUGGCGCCGCACACUCAACACACACACACACACACACACUCUCACAAACACACUCUCACAAACACACUCACACACACAGGAAGGGGAAGAGUCUCACUCCAUCGUAUGAGUUUGACCUCCAAGUAAUAGUUGUGACAUUGGUCUGUAAUUUCAAGAGGAUAAUAGGAAAACAACAUAGUCUCACCCACUCUGUCUCCCUCUCCUCACCCUCUCUCUCUCUCUCCUCACCCUCUCUCUCUCUCUCUGUCCCUGCACGUCUGAUCGUGAUUGAUCGUGCUGCUUGUGCACGCCUGUGUUCCCAUGCAGUAGGUGGUCGCCGGGGCGCGCUCGAACAGCACAGGGCCACUUUUUGAUGGGCUAUGAUUAAUGAGCUCUGCAGGGGGUGGCGCCCCCUAGCUGCGGCGGUGCACACUCUCAGCCGCCGCCGCGUAGCCGCCCCCCUGUUGUCUAUUCAAAUGCAUCAGCAGCAGCAGCAGCAGUGGGCUCGCAGCUUCAGCACGAGCACAAAUCCUCUUAGCGCUCCCACUCUCACAGUCACACUCACCCACACGGUGAAAAACACAGUCACUCAGAGUGGGCCAUCCCUGCAUAUACACUCUGGGUAAAUAUAAUCCAUGGUCUGUCACAAACACGCCCGCCUUACCUCUCACGCACCCUGCAUGAAUAUCGUGUGGGUCCUCGUGAAACAGCCACAAAAUCCCUCAACGUCCCCCCGGUUAUCAGGGAAAAACACGGCCUGUCAGCCUGUCAUCGCGCCGCAUUUAUGUCUGGAGCCGUGUGGUUAGAUAACAUGUUUACAUGUGUGCUUCUCUGUUUGUUUCCCUCUUGGCGUGCCCUCCAACAGGGCUGAUUAUGUGUCAUUAUAGCACCAAGGACUUGUGGGUAAAAGGAGACAGAGGGUGAGUCCUUUGGAAAAGAGUAGGUCACACUUAAUUUACAAUUACUGGGCUGAAAGGUGACACACCUCACAGCAGAAGAACGUUCAAUUUAUGAGCUGAUCUGUAAAUGAGGGCUCCUCUGUUACUGCAGUCUGUGUGUGUGUGUGUGUCAGUGUGUGUGUGUGUGUGUAUUUAUAUAUGUGUGUCAACAUAUCCCCAGGCUUGCACCGUCUCCUCCUGCCACCAGGACAUGUUGGAUGGACAAGCGAAGCAUUUCUGUCACUCUGCAUCUCCAUCACCUGCUCGGCCUCCCCCCCCCCUGCCAAUCUGCUUCCCAGCCUCCUGUCACCUCCCUCUUUUCUCUCUCUCUCCUUCUCUCUCUCUCUCACACACACAGACACACAAAAACAACUUUCCUCUGUGUCUUCUUCUUGCACACGUAUGCACACACGCCCCCCACAAUCAAUUACGCGCUCACGCUCUCGUCUUGAUAAAACAGGAGUGAGUGAGUCGGGGGGGUUCGUACUCGCUGUGGGUAUAUCCGCUCUGCAGGUGUCCUCAUUCACAUGUUGGAACCAAUCAAAGGUGUGAUGUUUCCACUGCAACGAUGAGCGCUCUGCUCUUUACAGUCUGUCUGAGACAAACGUCCUCAUCUGCAUCCUCUCAGACUGAAGUUUAAUUUGACGUUUCAUUUGUUUAUUUUAGUUUUGAACCAAAGAUCGAGACGUUUCAACAUGUUUGAUGAAGUCGAAUCAACUUAGAAGACACAGAAGCAUCUCACUUUUCUAAGAUAAUUAAAUAAGUGACUCGGUUUUAAAUCAUGAUUAAUUACAGAAUUGUAUUUGCUAUAAAAAACACAUUUAAUCACUUUUAUGAUUCGAAGCAGUUUGUACCUGCGUCUGAAACUGUGGGAUCAACUAUGACGGAGUAUUAGGGCCACAUUAAGAAAAAAAAGAAGACUUUGAGAUUAAAGUCGUUAAUUUACAAGAAUAAAAUCAUAACUUACAAGAAUACAGUCAUAAUAAAAUCAUUAUGAUACUUAGAAUAAUGUGGUGCUGAUGUGCUGAAAGAUUAAAGUAGCCUCUUGUUUGAGAAACAGAUAUUAAAGUAAAUUUUCAUGAAAUGCUCCAUGGAUCUCAUUUCAACAACUGUCAUCUUAAACAACAGGUGAGAAUAGAAGGACUUUAUUCUGAUUUAAAUAGUCACUUUACAGCAACUUUUUUAAUCUCAAAAUUUAGAUUUUUUUCAUUUCAAUUUUUAGAAAUUUCGACUUUAAUCUCAGAAUGAAAAUUUUAAAAAAUCUCCCUCCUGCAAUUAUUUUUUCUCUUCUUGUCGCCCUAAUCCUAAUCCUCUUUCUAUAAUUCAAAUAAACGCUGCGAACCAUCCUCUGUUUACUGAUGUGCUUCAGUGUCGGUGUGGUCUGCAGCAUUUCCAUGACUAAAUGUUAACUGGGAUCCCUGGAUCAUUCAUCUGCAGCAUGCAUCACUUUGCAUUAGGGCUGGGCGAUACGGCCUCAAAUCAAUAUCACGAUAUAUUGAUGAGUUCACCUCGAUAACGAUAAAUGGACGAUAACUACUCCACAAGCUGCUCACCCCCUCCCACAUUAAUCGGACGACUAGUCGUAAAUUUCAGUAUCGGUAAAUUUUCGUUUUAUUACCCAGCCCUACUUUGCAUCACUUCUGUGUCAAAAUCAUGUUUUUCUGACGGGAAGGUAACCACAUGCCUUACAAAAUAAUGACAUGAUGUAUAUCAACCACCUCGGGCUACAGGGAGGACAUAAUAUUUUGGUUUACAGCUCCAGCUCUAAAAAUAACAGUGAAAUGUAAAAAAGAAAAUCCACUUGCUUCGUGAGACCGGUCACUGACAUUCAGCAGCUUUUCUAUCCUCAGACACUCUCCAGAUCGAGUCCCUCAAAAACGAAGACAGUCUGUGAUGAUUUUUUAAUCGUAAAGUCAUUUGACCAAUCAGAGACUGUAUCUACAAUCAGCUGACUAAAAGUCCAGUCAGUCAGGAGUGAAAACUCGACACAGGAAACUUUUCCCCACGUAGAGAAUUCACUUGGAAAUGAUAAAGAUUUGGAUCGAUAAUCAGAUUUGAUGAUGGUUUUGGUAUCAAUAGAUUCUCAUUAGAUCCCGUCUCUGAUCCGGGUUGGUUCUGAAAUGGAGGCCGGUCUGCAUCCUGGUCUUUCUGGUUUGGUUUGUUUCGUCGUGAAUUUUGAAUAAAAGCUCCUGAGGUUUGAUUUCGGUGGUCAGCGGGGGAAUCUUGUUCUCCCUGGCUGUGUCUGUUUGUUAAAGAGCCUCCAUGGGGAGUACAAAGGGACGGACUGCAGCGGAGACCCGCAGAGCCGCUGCAGGUGGACGUCUCUGCGGUUCUUUAAACACGUCCAAACAGGAGCUUUAAGGACCAGCAUGUUGAGGACUUCAAGACCGAGGACAUGGACGGAUCUGUGGCUCUUAGCGGGACGUCGGCUCUCUACUUCCUGCUGCUUCUCAACCACCCUGAUGAAAUGAAAGUAAUGGCUGCCUGUCUGUUAGUCACAUCUGAAUUAAAAAGAUGACCGUCUCCUCGCCGUCAGAGGCGCCGCGUUCGCCGAGUGUGUGCGUGCUCUGUCAGAUGGGUGAGCUGCAUGACUCCUCACACCCCGUCUGGUUUUGUUGAUGUGAGAAGUGAUGCUGCGUCGCUCCAACCUGCACUCAUGUCGCCUCAUGCCGACACACACACACACACUGGGACUGUCCCGCUCACACGUCGCCUGUUUUUCUCUCAAACCCUGUUUUUCACACUUGCUCUUUCCAGCCUUUACGUCCCCUCACUUCCUCUCUCUGCCCUCUUUGUGGGUUUCUUCUUCUUCUUCUCCUCCCUCUGCAGCGAGCUGUUAAAGAUGAGGUCAAUUUGAAUAUCAAUCACUGGGUGUAAUUGUCCUUUAAGGAAGGGAAGGAGACACUCUCCCUGCAUCCAUCUUUGUCUCUUUUCGACCUGCCACCGCCGCCGCUGCGUGUGUGUGUGUCUCGGUUAGAGCCUCUCCACCCCGGGGCUUUCUCACAAGAAUGAUGAUAAUGAGGUAGACUGAGUGAGGAUGAUGGAUACGGUCAGCCCAUCAAUGUUACAUAAUGACUGCUGAUCACUCUAUUCAUCGGCCUUGUUUCCUCUGUCAGCCGCGCUGCUUUCAUAUUUGGCUGUCUGCGCUCACAGCUGUUUGUCCUCAGUGGGCUCAGCCAACCGGUCCGGCUUCAUAGCUGUGGGCUGAACUUGUAGAUGUGUGUGUAGAUGUUGUGUGUGUGUGUGUGUGUGUGUGUGUGUGUGUGUGUGUGUGUAGAUGUGUGUGUGUGUGUGUGUGUGUGAUGUCAUUUGGUCAUUUGGAGUGUACUGGAGCUGUGCAGAGUGCAGGAGGGGAAAGAUGAGAGGAGUCAGGGGAGGGCAGGAGGAAAACGUUCAAAAAAAUGUGAGGAUGUAACUUAAUACACAAGGACAAGAAACUGCAGUUCCAUAAUUGACCACCAGGGGGCUUAAUCAACGACAAAUCGACCCCUGUAGAUCCUUUUAUGACUGAUGUUACGGUAUCAGGUGGAUGCUCCCUUUGCAGUGACGUCUGGAUGUUUAAAUGUUGUUGUUUUUUUAGUUUUUUUAAGAAUCGAAGGAGAGAGAGUGAUUUUAACGUUUAUCAAGGAAGACGGAGGCUUAUGCUGCGUUUGAGUAACUUUAAGAUUUGGAUGUCGGGGCUGAAAAUGACGUCACAUCUGAGUUGCCAGUGUUUUAGUUUCCAAGUCGGAAAAAAGCAAAAUCGGAGGUCUGAAACAAGAUGGCUGCAUCUACGAAAGUUAUUUUAGCGCUUGGCUUAUAUUUGGACCAGGAGACCUCACAUAGCAUAUAUUAGUCAUUUAUUCAUAUUUAGUUCUUUCUUUAUCUCUUUACUAUAUUAUGGAUGCAUGACAGCCACUAUUUUAGAUAUUAUAUUGUCAUUAUUGUUGUGAAAUUAAUAAUAUUAUUGUGUUACCUUAUCAUUAACCUUUAACCAGAAAUGUUGCUGGGAUUCAGAGGAAAACUGGAUUUUGCUUUCUGGUUUUAGCUAAUGGUUAACAUUAGCUUUAUUAGCAAAAUAUUGUUUUAUCACCAAGCUUUUAUUUUGCAGUUCUGUGCAGGACAGUUAAUUUUGUCUCCAUGCUUUUAUUUUGAAGUUCUGUGCAGGACAGUUAAUUUUGUCUCCAUGCUUUUAUUUUGAAGUUCCUUGCAGGACAGUUAAUUUUGUCUCCAUGCUUUUAUUCUGAAGUUCUGUGCAGGACUGUGUAAUUUUGUCUCCAUGCUUUUAUUUUGAAGUUCCGUGCAGGUUAAUUUUGUCUCCAUGCUUUUACUCUGAAGUUCUGUGCAGGACCGUGUAUUUGGUAGAUUAAAUAGUUCUUGCACAGAUCUCAGUUUGAGCCCUCGGUCUCCCUCUCCGUUUGCAGUCGUCUCUGCGCCCCUCUCUCUGCUCAGCUGGUUGUCGGUGUUUAUUUAGCACCUGUUUCUUGUUCCCUCGUCACCUUUACAGCACCUGAAAUGAUCCCCUGAUAUAAAUAAACCGUCCAUUAAACAGAGUCAUGAUUCAUUCAGGUAUGUUACUGCUCCUGGAGCUUCAUGUUACACAGAUAUUACCCAGAACUCCCCUCACAAUCAACAGGUGGUUAUUUUGGUUCCUUUUUCAGCUCUUAACAGAAGAAAAUACGUCCUGAUCUGAACUGAACUUGUUCGCUGAAUAGAAAAGCAGCUUUCUCGUCAGUUUACUCCAUUUUUAAUCCUUCGCUAAAACAAACUCAACCCUGAGGCCAUGUUGGAGGUUUUGAUGCAUUUUAGAGUUUCAUUAAAAUAUCAGACGAUAAAAAGACACUCUGUGCAGUUUGUGUCCUGACAGGAGUCUGGGGUAGAGUUUGACCUCUGGGGGAAACACAAUAGUCGGCGUUUGCGGCGAGUCUUAUUAUAAAACUUAAAUAACUCCACUCCAAUGUGGUCACUUCCAGGAGCCGGAAAAAAAUGGCGGACUUGGGUUUCAAGAAGGUAAACUGACUUUGUCUGUUUGUUUUUGACCUGAAAGGACGCCUGAGAAAAACCUGAUGCGGUCCAAAACGAGCUGACCUCGUGUCUCUUCUGAAAUGGGCCUGUUGUUCUGCUCCUUCAGAGAGUAUACGCUCUCUUUUCCCCAACUUUAAGUGCUGUGGAGAGGGCACUGGAGGGGACAGUAAUGACUAACUCUGUAGAGGUAAUGAUAAAGUACAUACGUUUAGACUCCACUCUGGCUCGCGGCGCUGGGUCUCGAAAAUUACAGUUGUCCAUGUGUAAGAGAAAAAGAGAGAGAGAGAGAGAGAGAGAGAGAGAGGAGGUGGAGAAAGAACAACAGAGGCAGCCGCACAGUCAGACAAAGACAGACGUUGCUGUGAUUCAUUUUUCUCGCCAGUUAUUAAAGCUCUCUCUCUCUCUCUCUCUCUCUCUCUCUCUCUCUCUCUCUCUCUCUCUUUCUUCUUCCUGUACUCUCAUCUCGCCGUCUGAUACUGUCUCCUGACCCGUCUUUGGCCGGCCUUCCUUUCCAAUCUCGUCACCUCGGCCUGCUAUCUCUCUCUCCGCCACUGUCACUCCCUUUCACAGUUACUGCGCUGAAGCUCUGCACUCGACCACACCGCCGCCGCCGCCGAGGGAGGGCAACGGGAACAGUUUGCAUGAAUAAGAGCUGUGAGAAUGCGUCGUGGAAGCAUAGGCUGUCAUUUAGCGCGUCCGUGUGUGUGUUGAUGUCGGAAAGAAUACCCAGAAGCCUGUGUUUGCUCUGGAGCUGUCUGCUGUCUGUCAUUAGAGUAAUAAAAGACUUGCUGUGCUGCACGACGAGGAGUUAUUGUCUUUAAGGUUCCUCCAUUCCCUGCAAAUUGCGGGCUGCUGAGCUCUGAUGGAUGUUUGUACGCCGGCCCGAAAACACAGGUUCCACUUUAAACCCCCAGCUCCAUUAUCCUGCAGAGAGACAGCAGCAGAGAGAGAGAGAGAGAGAGAGAGAGAGAGAGAGAGAGAGAGAGAGAGAGAGAGAGAGAGAGAGAGAGAGAGAGAGAGAGAGAGAGAGAGAGAGAGAGAGAGAGAGAGAGAGAAGAGCUGUCUGUCUGAGCUUCUGUCAUCCAAAAGUGUUUUAAUUAAACUGUGCCUCUCUGCAGGCCUCAGAACACACACAUUACAGAGAGAGAGAGAGAGAGAGAGAGAGAGAGAGAGAGAGAGAGGGGUCUAUCCAAACACACAGGGCUGUUCCUCCCCGUCUGUCUCCAUCUGAGUCUCCGUCUCUCUCUCUCUCUGUCUCUCUCUCGGUGCCCUCGCUCUCAGCGCGCCUGAAGACUGACAGCCUGUGUUUUUCAGCCCAUGUUUGAACACCGAGCGAUCAAUGCCGGACAAAGAGAAAGAGCGGGGAUGAGGGGGCGGAGGAGGGGCGACACAAUUGGUUAUUGACAGUGGAUACAAAGUCUGAAAGACUGGAGGCGACAGCUGAGUGAGAGGAGAGCAGGAGGAUGAGACGGAGGGGAAGAGACAGAGGAUGGUGAGAUUGAUGAUUCAUGAUCAUGUUUAAGCAGCACUUUGAGGAGGGAUCACUUUAGUGUUCAGACUGAUGGAUCUGAACCUGCAUGUCGACCUAAAUAUACCACACAUGAGUUUCUGUUCCCUGUGAGAGUUUUCUGUUUGUUGUUCUUCAGUCUGAGUCCCAAACCUCCUCAGUGAAAUCAUCAUAUUUAUAUAAACGACAUGAUAAAGUUACAAUAUAAAGUAGGAGAUGUAAAUGAGACGUUAAACAGCAUGAACCAUAUGUUACAAUCCACCAUAACACAUUAUAAUACAAUAAGAUACAGUAUGUGAUAAUAUAUGUACCACAGGAUACCACAAACAACGCAUAAUACAUCAUAAUAUAACAUAAUACUAUAUAAACAAAACUGUAUGAAACAGUACAUAAUAAUACAAUAUGUUACAAUGAGGCUUCAUAUAAUAUGAAAUAAUAUAUGAUAUGAUAUGAUAUGAUAAAAUAUGAUAUAAUAUAUAAUAUAAUUUUAAUAUAAUAUAUUAAAAAUAAUUUAAUGUCAUAUAAAAUAAUUUAUGAUAUAAUAUGAUAUAAUAUCAUAACAAGUACACAAUAAUCUAGUAUAAAACCAUUCAGGAUGAUAAAGUACAUUAUGUAUGCAGUUCUUAUGAUACAGCACAAUACAAUAGUAGAUUUUACAUUAGAAUACAACACAGUAUUAAUACCAUCAACAUGAUACUGCAGUAGUCAGUAUAAUGGCCUAUAAUAUGAACCAUGACAAUAUGACUGUUCAGUAUGAUCCAAUCAUGAUACAGUACUUCAGGAUAGGGUUCAGUUUAAUACAAUACUGUAUGACACAAUAUAAUACAGUCAGAUUAAAUAUCAUAUAAUACAGUAGGGCAUGAUAUAAUAUGUUAUAUGUUUAAAAUAUGAAAUGAUAUAAUGUAAUAUUUGAGGAUAUGAAACUGUAUCAUAUAAAACUGUUUAUAAGGAGAAAAUAUGAGACGAUACAGAACUGAAGGAUAUGAUAAAACAAUGUGGAACAAUAAUGAAAUGAUGAAAUAGCUACGAGUUAUACAUGAAUGAAACGAUAUAAAAACAGCAUAGUAUGAUCUGAUAUGAUAUAAUAUAACACAACACUGUAUGAGACGAUAUGAUGAGUCAGUUUGAUCUUGAUUUUGAACAGUACAUCACUGUGAAAUAUCUGUGUAGUCUCAGAUAGAUUAUUGGUGUGAAAGAUUAAUGCAGUGAUAUAAUGUGUUAUUAUCACAUCAUUAUAUGAUAUGAGAAAAUAUGAGCUUAUCAUGAAUGAAACAUCAGGGAGACGUGUGGAUCUACCAGCUGCUCCUGCAGUUUUAAUCUAUUCAGACAAAAUAAGAAAAUUAAAAUAAGAAACAUCAGCAACAAAUGACACAUCUGGAUUAUUACUCAUCAUGUUAUCAUUUUCUCUCACAUAUAACAGACAGUAUAAGUGAAAUCUUCAAUUAGCAGAUCUGUAUUUUCUGAUUUAGAGUAUUUUUCUUCUGUUUCCGUUCAUCUCUCUUCAUUUAGCUUUUUUCUUUCUCUAUAAUCUUUUCACUUUGUCGUCGCCAAAUCAGCUGAUUCCCUUCAGGCGGAGCAGAAACGUACAACUCUGAAAGUGUUUUCAAAAAUUCAGUUUCUGUUUGUUGUCGGGAAGAGACGGAAAAUUGAAAUCCUGCCGCAGAGCUUUGUGUAAGUAUUAAAGUAGUAAUACCUUUGAUUUAAAUGGGCUUAUCAGUGUUUGAUUUGUGAGGGAAGGCAGAACAGAGACGCAGACAUCUGUUAGAUGCAGGAGUGACUCAUAGGUGAGAGUUAUACAGCAGAGUACUCAAGGAUUUCUAAGCUUUUUGUCAACGAGUUUGAAUAUAAAUUAGUAAACCGCAUUUCCUCGCCUUGGAAACGGCGGUUCUGUUGUAGCGCAGAAAAAAAUAUAAAUACUAUUGAGUUGUUGCAGCGAAAACGGAAAUUUCAUGAUAAUUUUUCAGUCAUGGUGAUUGAAAAGGGUCCAUUUGGAUGAAAUGUUGUGUGCACGAUGCUUUAAAGUUGCAGGUUUGAGUCACCAGUUUGUGUAUUAAUGUAGUUGGUUGUUGUGAGUCUCUGCAGAAGAAGAAGAAGAAGGAGGAGGUUGUGUUGUUUUGGGGACAGGCGAGACAGAAGCAGAGACAGAUUAAGGAUGACGGUUUGGUCCUGGUCGUCUGCUGGGCCUGGAGCAGCUGUUGCCCUUUCUGCCCGUCCUGUAGCCACAGCGCUGCCAGACUCGGAGCUCAGGGAGCCGCUCCGGCCUCUUUUGCCCCACUCGGCCCUUUCAAGGUGGAGGAAAUGUGGGUCAAAAGAUGGCACGCCGCUCCCUGAACACCUGAGGAGGGUCGGGCCUCUUGAAUCCUGUGAAUCCCCGCCGGCGUUGGAUUGAAUGGUGUCACAACUUUCUCCUCCGCUCGGCUCAUGCGGCUCAUGCUCUGCGCUGCUCUCUGCUCUCCCCAGAUGUCUGUUGAGGGGAGAGGGGAGCGCUCUCGUUCCUAAAAUAGGAGAUGGAGUCUUUCUAAGUAGAUUCUCCUGUUCUCUGCUUGUGGAAUAAAUGAUCUGCUUGUGCUCAAUACACUUUGAAACAACUGCAGAUUUGUCUGUGUGCUCCAUCUGUCCUCCUCACACCUCUUUUAUCCGCCUAAUGUAGAGGAUGAGAUUUUAGAGCCGCUCACGGCUGUGCAGAGAUGGGAUGAGUCUUUGAGUGGAGCGUUUAGGUUUAUCAUUAUUUAUCAUUUUCUCUCUCAGAGUUUAGGACAAACAUCUGUCUUUUCUUCUGCACACAUAUUUAAAUCGAGCUCAUUACUUUGGCCUUAAUGUAUCUGAGCAGAAAUAUGGAUUAGAUCUGAAAGGUUGUUUGUAUUUCCUCUGAUGGGGAUCUUUGCUGCUGCUCUCCCCGCCGCAGAUUUCCACAGAUUUCACACACCUGCUCUUUUCCACCUUCACUCUCGCUGACGGGUCGAAUCAGGACUUUUUUUACGAGUGUUUGUUCUGCUGCAUCAUAUUUUCUGGUGAAUUUCUGACAGCUGUGAGACUGAGAGGAAAACACUGUUUCACAUGAGUGAUACCUGCAUGUAUUUCUGCGUGUGUUCAUGUCAGGGUAAUAUACUCUGAGUUUCCUGGAGCCGACCGUCAAAUCUCGAAACUGAGCGAAGCUUUCGAUUGAAAAGUUUGACCUAUUAAGAAUUUAGAAGAAGCUGAAUUUCCCAACAGAAGAAGAAGAAGAAGUGAAUAUAUAAAAGUUCGAUAGCAGAUGAUGUUAAGACAAAGCCCGCUGACGAAUCGUUGCUUCUCGAACACACCUGAGCGGAGAGGAUCGAUCGCGUGCCGUAUGUGACGGAUGUCGGGUCGAUGGUGGUCUCAGAGGAGACCGCAGUCCUGUUGUUGUUUCUGAAGCUUCAGUGUACAACAAAAAAAAAAGAGAAAAACAAUCAGGCUGAUGGGAACACAUGAGUCUGACAGGGUUGCAUCAUCGUCUGCAGCCCUGCAGCUCCGUAAACUCUGACUGAUACAGAAGAGUCGAAUGUUGGCGCUAAAAGCUGCAGAAGAAGAUAAAAAUAAGUUAUGUCAUCGGUUUGAAAGUCGACGUCGUUCUGGAUUUAUUCAAAAAAACAAGUUUCCUACAGAGGGAAAUAAAAAUGAUGUUGUUGUAUAAAGUGAAGACAAAUAAACGUUCAUGGAGACAUGGGCUGGAGAGAGUCUGACAGUAUGAUAACCCAGAGCAGAUAUAUGGUGGUUUCACAGUGUUAUGAUUACAGCUCCAAAGAUCUGUUAUUUAGAGACGUCUGGGACUUAAAAAUAAACAAACCUUUUUAUUUCACCGCUCGAUUUUACUUUCAAAAACACCGAAACGUCGACUCUGGGAAAGUCGAAAUAACAGAAUAAGGUUUUAGAAACAGGAAGAAUAAAGAUCUGUACCAUAGACUGCAGUAUAGGUCCUAAACCCCGCCUCCUUAUGGAGCUGUGGACAAACUUUAUAAAUGAACACAGAAUAUAAAUGUUUCUCCCCCCUGGUUGUGAUGUUGACAUGUAGUUACUGUCAGACUGGUUUGUGUUCAAGUCCUCUUUUUUCUGUACAGCUCCAUUUUUAAAAGUUAUCAGGGGGUUCAUGUUUGCUAUGAUUGACACCUGAUACAGCCAAUGGGAGGACGAAGACUGCGUAGCUCACCCAGGGGGGAUACGCUGUUUGAGCCGAGCGUCAUCACAGCGACUCUCCUGCCGAAUGUGUACAACGCUACUGCGUGAUGUUGGUUUCAGGUAGGGAAGAAAAACACAGAAUUACUGAGAACUUUUCGGUUUUAAAUCCGUGUAGAAGGCGGAACUGUCGCUGCCUGAUCCAUCCCGGAAACCCAAUUUGUACUGUGCGUGUGCGAAAUGUAUGUCACUUCCUCUACUCGCCAUCUCUGCUAGAGAUCGGUAAUUCUUUUCCCCUUGCGGUUUUCGACAGCUUCAGCAUCAGCGAGCUCGCUGCAGUCAGAAAGGAUGCUUCUGUUUAUCGAUGCUUCCGUUUAUCACCAGCCAAACGCUUUUCUUUUCUCCUGUAGAGCGCCAGAAAGUCGAGAAUGGCGCCCAGUUUUACGAUUAAAGGUUCCUACUAAUAGCGUAAUUGUAAAGUUAAUAAGUUGAAGGCUUCUUGAUGAAUGAAUGAUGUAAAUCUCGCUUGAUACUUUGAAAAGUCAGAGAACCAUCAUUUUGACCAGGUGGCGGCGCUCUCUGUGGCCCAAAAGGUCUCGCUGGCGAAUGCCUCGCCAUUAGCCCUGGAGCCUGUAGCUAGCUAGCCUGUCACAUCGCCAGCUGGUUUCUGAAAUCGAUCUGUAGUUUAAAUAAAGUUUUCAUUUGCACUUGCACAGUACGGAUCAGGUAGAUAGCGAAGUAACGACUAACUGCCGUAAAAUGCGUUGAAAUACGAAGAGAGGAAGUGACGUUUGUUUCGCACAUACGCAGCACAAACCGGAUUUCCGGGACGGAUCAGGUAGCAACAGGCAGAACCAAGUUGACCGUAGUCUACUCAGUCUGUGGUCUCUACCUUUAAAGCGGUAACCAUGAUACACUGACCGAGAUCCAGCCCGCAUUUCUAAAUCAGACGUCAGACUGCAGAGGUCAGUAACACCAUGUCCUUCAUACCGAGGGGAAGCUCGCGGCGGCGCUGCCAGGAGGAAUAUGUCACAUGGAAAAUGUCAGGGGAUAAUGUGCGAUCAACAGGACCUGUCUGUGGAAGGUCAGCGGCUCCCGUCCCCCCGCUGAGAGGCACGGACUCUCCCAGAGAGAGCGGGGCAGGACGCCUGCGUUCACCAGAUUACUGGUCAUACAGGGAGAGGGGAAAUGUCAGCGCGCCACCGCCACAUACAGUACCGACUGUCAACACCUUCAGCGUCUUCUGGAGAUACACAAACACUGUAAAGUGAAACAGCGCUGACAAACACACUCGCAGAUGCCCCAAAGCUGAACCGAGACAAACAAGACAAGCUGUCACACACACAUGAACUCCCUCCGGAUACGACGGAAACGCCGGAUUGGGAGAGGCACCAUCUUGAAUUCAAGGAGACGCUCAAUGACACAGACAGGAUAUAGGCUCAAUCUGACAAAAUAUAGUUUAAUCACAGGGUGGGAACGGUAAAAACAAAACAAUAAAAGAAGAAAAUGAGAGAGCUUAUCGAUGCCCCGGGGAUGAAUGUGUCACUUCGCUCGCUCUGUACCCACAGGCCUGUGAUUUGGGAGCCGCGUGGGAGGCGGGAUUAUCUUAUUGCAGGUGUUAAUGAUUCUUAAUGCACCAAGAAUAUAAAAACACUGAAAGUCAGGAUCUCAGGUGAAGCAGCGAGGAGAACUAAAGGGACCAGGAACAGAACCACAAAAACACAAAACAGGAUUCAUGAAGGGCUCCAGCCAGAGUCUCUGAAACACGCUAGAACCAGGUCUGAAUGAUGACGGUACUUGUUUUAUUGUUUUUUAUUCUUUUAUUGCUUUUUAUUAUAUUUAAAACAACUAUCUAUUGUUGUUUUAUGUUUUUAUGUCAUGUACAGCACUUAGUUUGUAUUUAAAGUUGAGUUUACCUGCACUGAACAUUCGCCUGUUUUAUUUCAGUCGAUUCAGCUCUUGUUUUAAGGACUGCAGGGAUCAGGGGUCCUCUUUAGGGUCCAACUUUUUCAGGAGGAAGAUUCAGACUCUGUUUUGUGUCUCCUCAGCAGAAAGGUCAAAGGUCACACUCAGCCAUGCAGACUCUGCUGCAGACUCCCCCGUGCUGCACGAGCUCUCCUCCAGCCGUCACUUUCACUCAGGUCUCUGCGUUGAAGGACAGUCGUCCUAAUCUCUUGUGCGUUUGUGUCCUCAGAGAGCAGCGACUACAGCGAGGCCGAGGUCCUCCCUGACUCCUUCCCGUCGGCGCCCGCAGAGCCUCUCCCAGAAUUCCUGCUGGAACCGGAGGACGCCUUUAUCGUGAAGAACAGACCGGUCCAGCUGCGGUGUCGAGCCUCACCGGCCACACAGAUCUACUUCAAAUGUAACGGGGAGUGGGUCAAUCAGAACGACCAUGUGACCAGGGAGAGUCUGGACCAGAGCACAGGUAACACACUUAAACACACUUACACACACUCUCACACACACACACUGUGGUGUCACCUUGUAUUUCACUCUCAUAAACAUCAUCCUCAAUUACAAACAUCAUUUCCGACUACAUAAUCCAUUAGCUCCCUCAGGAUUUAACGAGCGCGCUAACUGCUGUUGGCCUGCAGCCAAUGCAUUAUUUAUAUGCACUGUGAAAAACACACCCCUAUAAUCCCCCCCACCCCACUCUCUCUCUCUCUCUCUCUCUGCACAGGUCUGGUGGUGCGAGAGGUGGAUAUCUCCGUGUCGAGGACCCAGGUGGAGGAGCUGUUUGGGUUGGAGGAUUACUGGUGCCAGUGCGUGGCGUGGAGCUCUGCCGGCACCACCAAGAGUAACCGUGCCUACGUCCGCAUCGCAUGUCAGUACCAGAGUAAUCUGAGUGUGUGUGUGUGUGUGUGUGUGUGCGCGCGCCUGUCAUACGUGUCAGAUUAAGUAUAUGUGUAAACAAACGUGGCGUGGCGCUCCAUCAUCAUCGUCCCCUGUGGUAAUGUGAGGCGUGGUGUGAUUGACAGUCGGCAUGUUUAUGAAGGAGUGAAGCCGAGGAACCACGACGCAGUGACGGGGGGUUUUUGGGGGCUCUGCCUGGUGUGUGUGUGCAUGUGUGUGUAUGUCACUAAGAGAAACAGGGUGUCAGCGCCGUCACAGCGCCGCCCUCAUUAACCGCUGACACCCUCUGUGUCGCCCCCCGCAGACCUGAGGAAGAACUUUGAGCAGGAGCCGCUGGGGAGGGAGGUGAGGCUGGAGCAGGAGGUGCUGCUGCAGUGUCGCCCCCCGGAGGGCAUGCCCGCCGCUGAGGUAAGACUCCAACGCCUCAGUAACGUUAAAAUCUGCAGUUUGAACCCGAGGAUGAAAGUUUAGUUAAAUAUUUCACCUCAAGAGUCAGAGUCAGAUUUUAGUCAGAAAUUAACACAUCAUGGUUAUCAGUUUUUUCUCCAUUUCUUUAAUAAAUUAGAUAAAAUUCUUAAAAAAAUACUAAGUACAUCAUAAAAAUAACUUCAUAUUUAGAACUUUUAUAUCAUAUUUUUUUUAAUGUUCUAAAAAAUUUUGACUUUUAUCUAAAAUUUUUAAUGUUUUGCUCCUGAUUUUAUUCUAAUAUUUUUUUACUUUUUCAUAAAAAAAAACUUAACUAUUUCCUAAAAUAAUUUUGUUUUUUCUCUAAAUUUUUACUUUUUAUUUUUUCAUAAAUUUUGACUAUUAAUUUUGUAAUUUUAUUUUUUAUCUUAUUUUUAUUUUAAAAAAUACUUUUUAUUUUAUAAUUUUAUUUUUAAUCAUAUUUUUCUUCAACAAAUUUUGACCUUUUUAUAAUUUUCAUUUUUAAUUGUAUUUUUUUUAAUAAUUUUGACUUUUUGAUUUUAACUUUUGUCAAAUCUGAUUUUUUAUUUGAUUAUUCUGUGACAUUUGUCAUGAUUUAAAAUAACUCUCAGUGAUUGUCUCCUUUACUAACGGAGACGUUCAGCUACCUCCUCUGUGCAGUCAUGACCUCAGGUAACCUUUCCUCUGACCCUCACAGCUGGUUUUAGUCCUCGUCUUCACAGCAGUGAUGUCGGGGAAACCUAAGGGUCCAAAUAUCGUCACAGAAGAGUCUCACCUUUUAGAGAGAUAUCACUGACCAUCAAAAACACACGUUUACAUGAUGAACUCUGGAGUAAAGAAAGAAGUCUGAAACACUGACCUGACUGCUCUGCCAUCAAAAUAAAAUGAUGUUAUUUAAGUAAACAGUCAGAAAAGGCCGAGCUUAAAUCCACUCUGUCGUGUUUUAGAGCUAAGCUGCUUUGACGGCGAUAUAUCCAAGAGUUUAUUCCUCUCAUAAAAAGAGCCAAACGACAAUAAAUCCAGAAAGAAAACCAAUUAUUCACAAAUGUGGGUUUUUAUUUCCCCGAUAAAUAAACAUGUUUACACGGAGAAGACUCUCAGAGAACAGAGCAGGAGUUUCUGUUUAGUCAUGAGGAUUAUUUCGUGGUUAUUUCCUGAAAAAAUAAGAAUUGAAGUUUUUUCAAAAGACGCCAAAAAUGUGCGUUUCCUGAGGACGAAUAUAAAUCUGAAACGUUGGCGGUGUUUGAUCAGCGCCACAUGUAGCUCUGCGGAGAGUUGUUAUGGCUCAAUCCUCUGCAGGUUUCUAGUGUUUACCCAAUGAGUCUGUGUGUGUGUGUGUGUGUGUGUGUGUGCAUGUGUGAGUGUGUGAGGGGGACUCAUGUUUAUGCAUACACACCUGCUAAUUUGUACAAUGAUUUAUGUGAAGAGAUAUCUGCCAACAGAAUUAGAGUCCAUCAUUUCAGUCUGCUCAGACACACAAGUUUGGACAGACGAUGUUUUCCUGUGACGCUCGGCCAAAACCUGAGCCGCUCCGUUAUCUUUAAAAAGUGUUUCUGUGUGUGUGUGUGUGUGUGUGUGUGUGUGUGUGUGCAGGUGGACUGGCUGAAGAACGAGGACCUCAUUGUUCCGUCUCAGGACUCCAACUUCCUGAUCACCAUCGAUCACGAUCUGAUCAUCAAACAGGCGCGGCUCUCCGACACGGCCAACUACACCUGCGUGGCUCGAAACGUGGUGGCGAAGAGACGCAGCAGCACGGCUACGCUUAUAGUUUAUGGUAACACACACACACACGAAGAACAGAGACUCGGCGCUCUGAAGGAAGACGCCGAUUCUUAAACACACUUGAGUUAAAGUUGUUUACUGUCAGUCGGACGAAGGUUUUAACCCCGUCUGUUCCUGGUCUGUCUCAGUCAGCGGAGGAUGGUCCUCGUGGACGGAAUGGUCAGAGUGCAACACUCGCUGUGGGCGGGGCUGGCAGCGACGGACACGCAGCUGCACCAACCCGGCUCCUCUGAAUGGAGGCGCCUUCUGUGAGGGCCCGCCUUUCCAGAGAGUGAGCUGCACCACGCUGUGCCCAGGUGAGGAGGUCUUUAUGUUCAGAUGGAGCGGGAAACUUCAGCAUCAUUAAAACUGUGAUCUGUUGCUCGUGUCUUCCUGUCGUACCUGCGUAAGUUAACUCUGGUGUUUCUGAUUAAACGUCCGUGUUUGUCAGUUUUUAGCGUCUCCAUCCUCGACAGCGUUAGAAACUUCCUUGUUUUUUAAAAACCUCGAGUCGCUCUGCCCGUGUCAGACCGCCCUGACUCCGCUGAUAUUCGUCUGCUAAUGAAACAAACUAAUCCUGACGACUGUGAACCAGAUCACUCCUGUUCGGAAAUGUUCAACACAAAGAGCUUUUUCACUCUCGCUCUGAAUAUGUGUGUUUAUUUAUCCGAGAGUGAUCCUGUCGACAGCUAUACGACAGCCGCAGGAUAUUUUUCUAUACAGCGUAAUACUAAUGAGUUUUCAGGACAAGAUCAGCAGAGAGAUUAGACAUAUGGCCGUGUCCACAGGGGCUGCUGCCGAAACCCACCGCAAACAAAGUUUCUCACAGAGUCUUAAAAACAAACCUGAAAGUCAUAAAACACAUUAAGACUCUCGUAGAACAGCAUGUUCAUCUCUUUAGAGCUCGUCCAGUUUUGAGAGGACCUGCAGGAAAAGUCUCUCUGGAGGAUCUGCUGCCUCUCUGUCUCUAGUUUCCUUCUAUAUGCAGCAAUCUGAGUGUGUAUGAUGAUGAAGUCCUGAGCUGAUUGGCUGCAGAAAUGCUGUCUGAAGGGGUAAAGGUGCAGAGCAGAAAACACAAAACAAAUGUGGCGAGUGCUCCAGGAGAACCACACGUAUGAUCCAGACUCUGACCCUGAACAGGAGGAGCUAACUGUCCUCCCAUGAACACUCCAAGACCUGAAUCAGACUUCUCAUGGUCUAAAAUCAGCUCUGAUACCUGAGUUCAGAUACUCUCUACUGCACUAUCACUAAGUGUCAACACUGACGGAUGAAGUAAACCCAUCUUUGUUGAAGCAGUCUGAGGUGAAGAUGUCUGAGUUUUCUUUGGUCUUCUGGUGCUGAGAUGAAAUAUGAAGUGAGGUCCAUUAAGGCCCCGUUUAUACAUACCUGGUUAUUUUUAAAAAUGGAGACAUUAACCAUCGUUUGUACUCUUCGUUUAGACGGAAACAGAGAAUAUGUGGAUGCUUUUUAAAAACUCCGGCCAGAGUGGAGAUUUUAGAAAACUCAGUUUUCACAUUUACAUUAAAACAGAGAAAAACUGAGAUAAACAAAGAUCAGGGUAGCAGACGGCCGUUUGUGCGCCAAAAACUGGGUCAAAUGUGACGUUGUUCACAGUCUAUGGUGAUCAUGGAUGCAGGCAGGAUAGCGGUCGCAUUUAUGCCGAUGUAAUCCCUUUGUAUUUGUUUGCAUUUGCAAAUAAAAGUGCUGUAAUAUGUGGAGGAACAGCGACGACUGAGCGCUCAAAGGUCAGCAAUGAUGCUGCUAUGCGGGAUUCCGAUUGGCUAACGUGGGCUCGAGCUUCUUGCUAUACUGCCACCUACAGGUUUGGCAUGCUUUUGACGGCAUAUGUACUCGGGUUAUUUUGGCAUUGGCAUUUAAAUUGUGUAUAUUGUAGAAAGCUUUAUUUUUCCUUCUCCCUUUUCUAAUUUUUUUCUUAAUUAUUACAUUUAUUUAAGUUCUUAAUAUUAGGACCCUUAUUGUUAUAACUGCAUUUUUGCACUUUUUGUCUUGUCUGUGAUGCUGCUGUGACAAAAAAAUUUCCCCCAUGGGGGAUCAAUAAAGGACUAUUCUAUUCUAUUCUAUUCUGUUAGUGUAAAUGAAAACUUUUCCGUAAACGUAGUGGUGUGCACACAGUUUUUUUUUAUAAACGUAGAGGGUGAAAUGUCCGUUUAUGACAGUAGACAGGCACGUGUAAACAAAGUCGAAAUCUCAAAGUCUGUAAAGUGAAUAUGUCGGUCUGAUUAGAAUCACCUCUGAAAUUAAACCAUCAUACAGUGUGUUGUUAUUGCUCAGUAUCAGGAUACUGGAUCAUCCACAUGGAGCAGCCAACAGGACUUUUGUUUUGGUUUUUGGAACAAGCGACAGAAUAGUUGGUGAGCCUGACUCUGCGACACUGAAGCGAAACCACAAUAAUGAAGGAUUAAGUGUAAAAGCAGCCUAUCAGUGUUUUUGUAUGAAUACCUAUGAGAAUCCUGUCGUUACAUCACCACAGGAGCUAAUCACUCCUCUACUUCUUCACUCUCAGAGGACGUAAAGCCAAAGUCGUCCAUGUUUUUUUAUUGUAUUUGACCUUUAAGGUCAUAAAACCUGCAUUAUGUCAUGUCUGAUUCCCUCUCUAUCUGCUGUGUGGUUUCAGUGGACGGAGGUUGGACAGAGUGGGCGAAGUGGUCCGCCUGCGGGACAGAGUGCACCCACUGGCGCAGUCGUGAGUGCCAAGCCCCCCCACCCAGAAACGGAGGAAAGCACUGCAGCGGCAGCAUGAUGGAGAGCAAGAACUGCACCGAGGGGCUGUGUGCGCGCAGUAAGUCACCUGUGUUUGAACGGGGAGGGCCGUUAAAUGUCAGCACAGAUUAAAUAUUUGGCUCUUAUAGAUUCCUGGAUGUUAUGCGCCCUAAUUCUUCAGUUGGCCUUUUCUAUCAUAUCACUAUCUUUGGAUAUAGUUCACAAAUGGCUGCGAGCGAAAUGAGCGGGAUGAAGGAGGAUGCUCUCUCUCUCUGUGUCUCUCUCUCUCUCUCUCUCUCUCUCUCUCUCUCUCUCUCUCUCUCUCUCUCUCUCUCUCUGUGUCUCUCUCUCUCUCUCUCUCUCUCUCUCUCUCUGUCUUGAUAGCACAGUGACCAGAGCGUCUGUUUUUUUAUUUUUUCACCUGGAAUAAGACGUGGCUGCCGGCCAAACACUCGUCUAACUCAGCCGGCUGUUUAGUCACGUCUGUUUUUGAGUCAUUCAGAAUUAUUUUGACUCAUCAGCUCUGAUUACUUCACAAGAUGUACAACCGGGAGCCUCAUGAUGGAGAAUCGUCUCUGUCCGUCUGCCGAGAAGAGAGCGGGGAGUCUUAGAAGAACGGUCAGGGGGGUGUGUGUCUGAAAAGACACCCGAAUACGAGAGAGCAAAGUGUGCAGAAUAGUCUGAUCCAGAUCUGUACCUGCAAGAGAAAACUGAUCACUGCACGUGUGUAACUUUAAGAAAUCAGAUUAAGUGAGAUUUCAGUCGGAUGAACACAUCAUGUAAACGUGCUGACAGAGUCAUUUAACUGGGCUGCAUCACUAAUCCAAGCUCCGCCCCUCGAGCCCCGCUAUGCAGGACAGACUCAGAGAAGUAGAGAGGACGAUCAUGGAACAAGCGUUAGUGAGUUGCAAUGCUCCUAAGAAAGCUAACUAUGAUACUAACUUUCAUCAUGUCCCUGAAGACAUUAGUGUCUCAGAGCUGAAGAGCUCCUAUGUUACCUGCCACUUCUACUACACUGCGAGCUAGCUUGAAGAGGAGUGUCCAGAGCAGCGCUGACUCCGCCCACGACUCAGAGGCGAAUCGCUGAUGAGCUGCUGAAGUUCUGCAGAAGAAAAGUCUCUCUCAUCGUUCAUUUUUUCUGCUCCAUAAAACAAAAACCGCGUUCUCCUCCUCCUCCUACCGUGGUGACAAAAGCGCGUUUGUCACCUUGAAAACAGACGGGCUUCUGUGAAACGUCAUCACAGGUAUGUUCGGGCAGCCAGGGGGCAGAAAGGGGGCAUGUCUUAUUUGUUUACUCGCGGAGUCAACGGAGAAAGAAAACGACAUGGAGCUGUUGUUCUGUAAACUUCACGAAUCGGCAAAACAAACAAUCGUCAAACAUCACGACCUGCUCCUGAUAUUAGAAACAUCUAAACAACGUCACAACCUGGUAAACUGAGUGAAAUUCAUGGAUUCAAGUGUUUUUCUGAUUUUGAUUCAAUGAAAGACAAAGUGAUUUCUCAGUGAAAUGAUAUUUUAUUGCAAUUGUUUCAGGGAGAACUUCCAACAAUACGGCAUCUUCAUCGAUAUCAGUUCACUCUGAAGCAGGCUUUUGCCCCCUGGUUGCAUGCACACCUCGUAUUGUUUGUACACAGAAACGCGUCUAUAAUCGGUGUGAAACAGUGACGAUCUGAGGUCAUAAACGAGAACUCGAAAAUUCCUCGAUCAUUAUUUAUAAUCAAAGAACUCGAGGAAUCGUUUCAGCCCUUAUUUUAGUUCAUUAGUGCAGGACACAAGUCAGGAGCUCCACCUGGAUCGUCCUUUUAUUUUGAAAUUUGUGAUGCAAUUAACUGUCCUCUAAUUAAAAAAGUGGGCGGAGUCUCAUCCACCCAGCGUAAUAGCAGCUGCUUUAAGUGGCUGCUGAAUUGUUUAUAAGGAGUCCUGCAGGCGGGGGGUUUUCUCGGCUCCUGCUCGAGUUUGAUGUUUCAAAGCUAUUCUGCACAGAGACGUCUUCUGCAGAGGUUUAGUGAGAGCGAGGAUGAUACGUGGAGGGAGAUGAAAGAAAUAACAGCUCAAUCGCAGACAGAUGUUUCAUGAGGCGAAAUUUAGGUUCACAAAGAGAGGAGGCAAGUGAUCCACAUCUAAAAGGCACAGAUGGAGAGAGAGAGAGGGAGAGAGAGGGAGGGAGGCAGAGCGCAUGGAGAGGGAGGCGAGCAUGACACGGCCAAGUCGAAAAAUUAGCACAGAGAGGAGCAUAUGAGAGUGAGUCAGAGCCGCUCUGACACCCAAUGUGCAGCCCGUGAUGAGCUGGGAGGAAUCCAGCUGACAGCGCAUUACAAUCCCAGAGACGCACAUCCACAGAGGCAGCGAGAUACAUUCAAGAGCAGGCUUUCAAACACGCGUGCACGCCCGACGACACACACACCUCUGCGUGAAGAUGACGCCGUAAACACGUGUAACUCAGGGAUCAUACACAACACCAUCCUGCAGCUUUAUCAGCCGUGCACACCGGCUCUGACACGAACAGGUUUCCGUGUAGCAACAAGAUUAGACAAAUACUCCGCGUGAUUUGACUGUGCAGAGGCGAGCGCGCUCAGAGAAACACGCACUCAAAGGAGGGGGGGGGGGGGCUGGGCGGCAGGAAAUCUGUAAAUGUGCCACUUGGCAACCUGCAGGUUCCUGACUGAUUUAUUCAUUGUUCCAGCACUUUAAUGUGAUUAUCUGUGUACAAAUUGUUCUAAUGACUUUGCACGCGCCUGACAAACAAUAGCAGCUCCCUCUAAUGUCUCAAUCAUCGCUCCCCCCUUUGAGCCGCGGCGAAAUAUCCCGGUCAUAAAUGUAAAAUGCUCUGAGACGCCAAAAAACCAGGAGAGUUUAAUUGCUGCUCGGUGAACGUUAAAGUCGGGGAAUCCAUUUGGCGUUUUGACGACGCUGAUGGGAGAGGAGGUUAUUUGGUUGGAGAUGGAGCGAGUGACACACUCUUGAAAGAUGGUUCAGACUCUCGUCAAAGCUCUCCGGGAUGAUUCGCAUCGGUGUAAUUUGGGAUGAGAUUGUUCCCGUCAGGAUACAGAUGUGUUUUUAUCCUCUGGAAGACGGCGAUAACGACCCUGCGGGCUGCGUAAAAAAGACACGUUUUCAAUCUGCGUCAUCGUCCCUCAUGUAACGGCGGCGUCCUUGUUCAUUUUCAAAACUGUCUUUAACUUUGGCGCUCUCAUCCAAACAAUCCUAAUCUCUCUCUCAGACGUCUUCAAAUGAGCUCCUAUUCCCCGAACAUCCUGUAAACAGAGCGUGUGAAUCUCCUCCUGAAGUAAAGGUUAUUAGUCGUUCCAGGAUCUGCUCGACUUUCUCCGAUUGUCACGCUGCUUUUUAUGCUUCUGUUUUCAUAUUGAUGAGCUGUUGUUUACACUCUCUGCAUUAUCUUAUGUUGGUUUUUCAUUUGCAUAAUGAAGACUCCAUCCAUUUUUAAGUUUCUGUUGUUUUCUUUCUUCUUCUUCUCUUGUUUUUUCUCCCGAUCAAACAGAUAAAAAGAUUUCUAUUGAACAUACAAGCCAUCGUAAGUUCACUCCCCAUGACUCCACUCUCUCAUCGCCUCAUACUGUCUCUCUGUGCUUUAUUUAUGAGUGUGUGCGUAAGUGUGCGAGUCCUAACAUCUGUGUUGGAGAUGAUUGUGUCAUCUUUUCACGCCGCGUUGUCACCUCAGAUCCACUUGAGCGCAGACGCCCCUCACCUCUCUGUCCAGCCUGUUUAUGAGUGUUGUUUUCCCCCUCGUGUCUCAUAUGUUGACUAAGCGUGCGUAGGUGUGUGAGCUGUGUCAGAGUCGGCACGUUGAUUCAUUCAAAUGACAGCUCGCCGCUUUUAGAGUGGAGAAAAUAACAGAGAGGAAAAGAGACCCUGUUUACACCUCCUGUUAACGUGAUCGGAUCAGACGGGGACGCCCUGAAGAGCGGCGGAGUUUCAGAAAAUACGCUGAGAUCCGAUCAUUUCAGCCUCUUUCUGAGCCGCUGUUUCACAAACACUUCCUCUCUAUUUCUGGUCGUAUCCACAAACCAUCAAACUCAGACUUAUUCUUCAAUUUGCUGUUUAGUUUAACACCCAGUCGGCAACUUGGGAGGCAAUUAUGUCAAAGCAACAGUUGCCAAAUAUCUCGGUUCAUUACACGCAGGCUUCAUUCUGGUUUUUUCAUCAUUUAAAAAGAAAAAUAAUAAGUAAAGAGAAAAAACUCUGAAUAUAUUUGACACGCUGAGUUCAAGUCUGCGAGCGUACGGUAUCAAAACGUUCGGCAGAUCUAGCGCCUCCCUGCAGGUAGACUCCAACACACCUGUGCUGGUUACUCAUCACACCAUUUAACUAAUUUAAUACAAGUUAAACCAAAAACGGUCACAAACAUCUUUAUCUCCAUUCUCUAACCCAUAAACUGUAUUUAGAAAGGACACCGUCUGCCUCCUCGCUGGGUGAAGCCACCGCGAGAACAGCACCCUCUAGUGACGUGCUGCGGUAUAGGUCAUAAAUCCCGCCUCCUCUGGCGUACAAAGAUUGCACAGCUCACCUAGGUGAUACGCUGUUUGAGCAGGGCGUCAUCACAGCGACUCUCCCGCCGAAUGUGUACAACACUACUGCACAAGUGUUGGUUCUAAGAAGUGGAGAGAAUCCUGGAUAUUGGUUCCGUCUGUGCCUGUUUACAUCUGGAUGGUGGAGUGAAAUACCCUGAUAAUGUCUGAUCUAAUCAAUUAAUUGAUAUAUUUGCCUUUAUUCUAUGGGAAAGCUAAAGAAAUGUGAGAGUAGAGGAUAAGGAAGGGUCUGAAGAAAGAGAGUUGUGGCCUGGAAUUGAACCAGCAACCGCUGCAACGAGGUCUAAAGCCUCUGUAAGCAGAGCGCUUAUACCACAAGGUCAUUUUCACCCGAUAAAGACGGUAACUUUGAUAAGUUUGUUUAUUUAAAAUUAACAAAAUUCAACAUCAAAGUUAAACUUGUUCAAACUGAUUCUUGACAGUCAGUCUGUCGGCUGUUUGGAAACUGUGGAAUGGAUUUCCUAAAUGGAGGCGUGUCUCAUUGAAACACGCCCCAGUUCAAGAAAUCCAUUCCACAGUUUGCAGCCAGGCAGGGAUCAGGCUAACAUUGAGCAGCUCCACACGACAUGUCUGCUGUGCGGACAUAUUUUACAGUCAAAACGCCGCAAAGUAAGACAUCAACAAGAGGCGGGAACCUCCGUUGUGACGUACAAUACGACUGAUGGAAUCGAACAUUUGAAAAAGCACCACAUGAAAGAGAGCGAGGAUUUCGGUACAGUAUCGGUAUCAGCAGAUAUUCAGGAAUCAAGAUCGGAUCGAUGCAUCCCUACUAUAAACCCUAGUGGCCGAUGCCUGAACUGCAGCUCAGUCCAAACAUCUAACUGGCAUUUUUGGAUAAUCAGAUUAUUCUUGUAAAUGAUGACCACACGGUUCAGAAGGCGUCGCUCCAGACCUUUAAUUCCAGGUGUAAACAGGCUCAAAAACGACACCGGUUCUGGAGUAAUCCAGCAACACAGUACCAAAAACCGGUCCCUCUGACUCUCACACAACAUGUCAGGUGCAGAGAAGUCCGCCGGCUCCUGCGUGAAGCGAGCGAAGUGACAGGCCUCUGAGCUGAGACUCUUUGAUCCACAGGCGUUGACGUGGAAGCGCAGCACUUCCUGCAGAAAAACAGUUGAUUUGCGUCUGACUCCCAGUUAAUCUGUGAUAGAGUUUACAUUUGAAGUGAUGGUAAUUCCUCUAGCUCAAUGUGACGUGGGCUCAGGGGAGAGCAGCCGCGGUAAUGCACCUAAUUCGCCAUUGUUCCGUUUCUGGUAAUAAGUGCGGACGGCUGUCGGAUUCGCUUCCAUCGCGCCACGUGAGCGCCAGAGCUCUCCUCUCCCUGCCAGCCCGUCUGCCUCCGGCUUCCCUCUCCUCCACCCUUUCUUCCUCCAACUUCUCCCCUGCUCUCUUAACACAGGCCUUCUCCUCGAGCACAGCGCUCCUUAUCUCCUCUCUCCUCCACACUCCUAAUCCGUCUGUCCUCUCAACAAAUCACAACCUUAUCUAGCUCCCUCCUAUCACUUUUGCCAAAUUGCCUCUCCUCUCGCUCUCUCCUCCUCCUCUGUUUAUCCAGCCCGUCUACCGCCUCUCCCUUUUUUUUCCUCGCUCUCCAUUGUCUACCGCCAACCUCGCUCCUCGUCUGCUCCUCUCCUCGGCUGUGACCGUGUGACUGGCUCACGUGUCCGGGCUCGGGUACUGAGAAGACUGUGGUGACCGAUCACUCAGGAGAGGAGAGGGGCUCGGCUACAAGCGGUUAUUUGCUCUGCAGGACGAUCGGCGGGUACAGCAAUAAGUUUGAAACUAGGUUUAUAAAUGUAUCUUAAAUCCACCCUGGUAUGCCCACGAGGAAACCGGGGGAGUCAUCGGUCACUGUGAUGGUUCCUCCUGUCCUCUCUGGCUGUGAGAAAGUCCUCUACCUAAUGUGAUUCCAACCUAACAGAUGGGAGACCAAAUCCUCGCUCCUCCCUGUGAGAGAGGAGUUUCAGAGUUCAGCUGAGAAUAAAAGACUGUUGGAAUAAAUUCAGACACAAAGACCAAAACUGAGACUUUGUUUUAUUGUUAUUCUUAUUAAGUUUUAAAAGAAGCUUUUCUUUUAUCUGUUUCUGCUCAGAGGAGUAUCUAAGCAGAGUUUCAGAUGUUAGAGUAGGUUAAACUCUAACAUCUGGAAUGAGCAGAUUUCAGCCCGUUUACCUGUAACGACUAAAUCUUUAUCCUGUAGCAGAGCCCACCUGUUGGACAAACUCUCAUUUGUUUUAAUGGUUAGAUAUAAAUGUCAGUCAGACAUGAUCCAUGAGAGGAGAAACGACUCGAACCUGAGUUACAGUUUUCCGCACGAGGACAAUCCCUGACACUUAAAUCAGCUGAACUCAGAAAUCGACCAACAGCACAGAUGAACAUCCAUCAGUCCGCCUGUCACAUGUCACUGAUGAGGCUCUUUGCUGAUGCUCUUCCCGCCUCCCCUCCUGCUCUUUCACAUAUGCACAUGGAAAGCAUAUGGGCUGCUUUGCUGAUGCUCUUCCUGCCUUUCCAUCCCCUUCUAAAUAUGCGUGUCCAUGGUCAGGGGUGUUGCAAUGUCCUAUACCCUGGUGGUGGGCGAUAUAUAUCGUCUUUGAUAAUAUCGUAAACGUCGCUUUAACGUUGUGUCAUUUGACAUUUUCUGAGUAUUCAUACCAUCUCAGAAAGAAAACAAAUAUACGGUGCAUGAAAGUCCUCAUUCGCCAAAUGCGUGCCUCAAAAGCCAAUCAGCGUACAGGAUUCAGUCACGUGACUCAGUGGCAACCAAAACACAGCAUAGUCUCACAUGGAGGACGUACGCAGGAGUCUCUCGUUUCAGCAGAUAAUUUAAUAAGACAUGGGUACACGUCCCUUAGCCCGGGAACGGUUUGAGUUUGACAAGAUCUACGUCAGCCAAAUUAACGUUAUCGGUAAGACGUCGUCAUGGAGAGCAGGUCAGCAACAAAUCUGUUCCACCAAUAGUGAAUGAAGGAGAAUGAGCCGUGUGUUCAACUUUGAGACUAAACAAGCACGACUACCGCUAAAGAAAUAAUGAGUGAAGCUGCACGACACACUCAGAAAAACCCUCGCCGAGUCAUUCAGCAAACUCGGUGUACCACAUGACAAAGAAGGUUUUUUUGUAGGAUAUCGUCAGAUUAUCGUUAUCGGACAUGGAUAUAUAUUCAUUUGUCCGUAUCACCCACCAGGACUGUACCCUGACUGUCUUUGCUGCUGCUCUCCCCGCCUUUAAAAGCUCUGCAUUCGUAGAGGAGUAAGCUCCGCCCUGUUACCCACAGUUCUUUGCUGCUGCUCUCCCCGCCAUCACUUUUCCUGUAAGCACAUAAAACAGAGGAGAGGUGUGCUCUACCCGCCUCAGGUUUUGGUCUAACGCUACAAACCCAGAAAGGACGAACAAGAGGAAUAACUACCGUACUCAAAAGCCUCAGCGCAUUCAGGGGGCGGAGCCUAUCUUAGCUGUCGGGGUCCAUCCUGGACAGUCGGUCGUCAAGAUGAUUUAAUUUGAGUUUGUCACAGAGGUUUUUAUUCUGAAAAUUAACUCCUGAAAUCCUUAGAGACUUCUACUGAUCCUCGUUAUUCAAUAAUCAAUAACUGAGUUGAUUAGAUAUCAAUUUAAAAGUCAAAAAACCUCCAGAGCUGAGGGACCGUCUCCAAGAAACAAACAUUCCUGCUCCUCCUCUCUGCUCCUCUCUCCUCUCUCCUCUCUCCCCUCCUCUCUGCUCCUCUCUGCUCCUCUCUCUGAUCCUCUCUCCUCCUCUCUGCUCCUCUCUCCUCUCUGCUCCCCUCUCUCUGCUCCUCUCUCUGCUCCUCGUGGAUUUCUCCUGAAUCUGAUGAUCUCUCUGAAAUCGUCUUCCUCCCUCUUGUGUUUCCCUCACGUUUGUGUUUUUACUCGCUCUCUCUCUCGAUGGCGUUUUAACCGUCUGUGUCUCUGCCCCCGUCAGCGUUGGCCCCCAGUAUGGGUGUGGCGGUCUACGCCGGUCUGGUCGGGGCCCUGCUGCUGUGCGUGAUCCUGGUGCUGUGCGUGGGAGUGCUGGCGUAUCGCCGAAGAUGCCGCCAUCUUCACGGAGACAUCACCGAUUCUUCUUCUGCUCUCACCGCCGCCUUCCACCCCGGCAACUACAAACCUCCCAGACAGGGUGAGUCCGGACACACACACACACACACACACACACACACACACACCAUCUCUCUGUUAUUAAUAUCAUCCCAUAAAUUAAUCCUCUCUCUUCUUCUCCUCGCCGUUCUCCUCGCCGUUCUCCUGAAAGCUUUCGCCACAGAACCCGUCCUCUUGUUCUCACUAUCAAAUAUUAAUUAGCGACAUUAAUCCGUUUCUUCGGGUCACUCGACGCGCUCGCUCUCCUCCUCUCUCAGGUGAUGAUGACAAAUGUCUCCUCUCUCCUCCUGUGUCCACAGAUAACCCUCUGCACCCCUCCGCUCCCCCCGACCUGACCGCCACAGCGGGCGCUUUCCGGGGUCCGCUCUUCUCCCUGCAGCAAAGCGUCCACGACAGCCCCCAUAAGAUCCCCAUGACCACCUCCCCCCUGCUGGACCCCCUGCCCAGCCUCAAGAUUAAGGUGUACAACGCCUCCACGCUCUCCUCGCUGGAGCUGCCCCCGGAGAUGUACUCCAGCGACGGGGAGAUCCUGAGCCUGAAGUCCGUGGGAACCAUCGGGAGAGAGAGAGACUACCACAGCCACACGCUGUCCAGGGAGCCCGGCCUGAGCACCAGCGCCACCCUGGGGGCCCUCGGAGGACGCCUCACCAUCCCCAACACAGGUCAGAGGAGAACGUGGAGAUGUUCUUCAGCAGGAUGAGUCGAUGAAGAACUGAAACAACUUUGAACUGAAUUAUAAAAAUGAAGUUAAAUGUUGCAGGGAUCUGGAUCUGUCCCAGACCUGUUCAGUCUUGUGUGGGGGGGGGUCCUUGUAGUCCUGUGUAAAGGAGCUGCAAAACUGGUGAAUUGUUUUUACCCGGUUGUUGUAGAUUUGCAGACUAACCCUCGAUUUUCACCGCAUCCGGCAAAUUUCACGGCGGAUUACAGACAUGCAAUUGAUUCCAAUCAAUCGCGCGAUAACGAGUCGUCUCUAUAAAGACAGACACAUAGACAUAUAAGCAGUAGAUUGUGUCCUUCCAGAGGAGGAAAUCUACUUCUAGACUUCUAGAAUCAGCAUCUCCUCAUCCAUGGUGUCAUCGGGGUGAAAUGACGUCUAAAAACCUUUCACUUGUUCGUCUCCGCCCGUUUGCAUGGUGUGAAAUACGAUCCUCCUGAAACACGGAGUGUUUUAUUUUGAAAAGAAGCCGGAUGUUUUAUUUUGUGUCUGUGCCCGACUUCCUUUCCAGCACGGGUUAAUCUGUGCUGAAUUUAUCCGCCAUGCUCCGGCGUCCAGAAAAAAUAGAGUCUGGCGAUCCUCAGAGGAACGGAAAGAAGUCGGUGUAAAUCGACACGUUAACUUGAAUGGUUACGAUCAGCUGCGAUCGGAGGAUACGACCUUUUAGGAGAUGAUCAGGAUGAAGGUGGAGAUUAGGGGUCAUGUGAUGCAUGAAUGUUCCUGAUUCCUGAGUCCGGUUCACUGCAGCCGUCUGGAUCUGUUUCCUCUUAUUUCAGUUUUUGGGGCUCUGCUGGUUCCUAACCAGGCGGUUUAUUCUCCUCGUAUUAUUUCCUGUUAUUGUCUCAGAAGUCACAGAUGAGAGGAGCCGACUAAGAUGUUCAAACUUGACUUUUGUUGUGUGCAGCUUUGAUAGUGAGUAACCUGAGCUCCUUCCUCCUCCUCCUCCUCCUCAGGUGUGAGCCUCCUGGUUCCUCCCGGCACCAUCCCUCAGGGGAAGUUUUACGAGAUGUACCUCAUCAUCAACAAGUGGGACAAAACCACGUGAGUGCUCUUCAUCCUCCUCUUCUUCUGCUUCCUCUACAAAGCUCGCCCUCACCUCCAUCAGGAGUAACCCGCCCGCUGCGAGCCCUCUUCAGUCUCGGCUCAGUGUGUGUUUUUAGAGCGGAUACAGAGAGGAAGAGUUUAUUUAACUCAGAAUCAGAGACGGUUCACGUCCUGCCAAGUCUGUGCAGGUUUGAUAUUCAGUUACAUCAAUACCAGAGCGCUGCUAACUGUGCAGCCGCCGCCGUCAUGUGCUUUUAGAAGUGAAGUGAGAUGUUUUGGCAAACACCCGUGUGUGUGCAUGUGUGUGUUCAUGUGUGUGUGUGUGACAUUUGCAGGCUUCCCUCUGAAGGCAGUCAGACUGUGCUCAGUCCCGUGGUGAGCUGCGGUCCGUCUGGCAUGCUGCUGAACCGUCCUGUGGUUCUCACUUUGCCGCACUGUGCCCAACUCGACACGCCGACGCCCGACUGGACCCUGACGCUCAAGACGCAGACACACCAAGGGGCCUGGGAGGUGAGGCGGCGCCUCAGCGGUACCAGAUAAGUGAUGUGUGGCGGGGAGCCGUGGCGUCACUCAACCUUAAUUUAAUUUCUCCAUCAUCAGGAGGUGCUGACGGUCGGGGAGGAGACGCUGUCGUCGCCGUGUUACCUGCAGCUGGAGGAGGAGUGUUGUCACGUCCUCAUGGAGCAGCUGGGGACCUACGGCCUCGUGGGUCAGUCCUGUCCGCCGCAGCCGGCCUGUAAACGCCUGCAGCUCGCCUUGUUCGCCCCCAGAGCGCCCUGCCUUUCUCUGGACUACAGCCUCCGGAUCUACUGCAUCCACGACACGCCGCACGCUCUCAAGGUGCCGACACGACGCGGUUCUUAUUCGGUGUUUGAGUGUUUAUCAGUUUGAACAGCUGAUGAACCAGUUUUUAUCUCAAAUUUUACACAUUUAUUUUAAAACUUUGAGUUUUGACCUUCAGGGCCACCGUAGGAAAAGCCAAUAACACUGAAAGAUAUCUGAGUGUUUCUGUACCCUGGGACCUGGAAAAGCAAAAAUGUCUCAUGAAAAAUUAAAAGAGGUGAUGAAUCAGGAGGAAGUGUGACUCAGAGUAAUAACGUUUAAAGGGAUUAUCACGUAUUUGCACGUCGUCCGGGGUAAUCAGGAAGUCUAAACCGGCUCCUGCAGGUCCGUCAGAACCGCCCAAAUCAGAUUCUGAUGAUUCUGAAUCUUGUUUACGUCGACAGAAGAGAGCCGACUCACCUGAGUUCAUUACUUUCUCUGUUAGUCUUUAUUUCUCUGAACUUCUCCGAGCAGCUGGAGUCAUAAACAGGAGCGAGAUGUUUGGAGUUUACUGCCGUCACUUUACGUGAAUCUGGGCUCUUAAUGACCACGUUUUAAUAAAGCGUUUUGAAAAGCUUGUUGAACUCAAAUCUGUUUCAAAGACUGACUCUCGAUAACGCCGCUCUGGUCUCUGUCGUCCUCAGGAGGUGCUGGACUUGGAGAGGAGUCUAGGAGGAGUUUUACUGGAGGAUCCCAAACCGCUGCUGUUCAAAGACAGUUACCACAACCUCCGCCUGUCCAUCCACGACAUCCCGCACACCCACUGGAGGAGCAAACUGCUCGCUAAGUAUCAGGUGAGCGUGAGAAUAAAACUGAAGGAUCGUCUUUUCUCUUCGUCUUCAGAGACGGAUUAUCAAACUCUGGACAAAGUCGAACAUGUAAAAUCUGGACAGAUGGAUUCUUCUUUAGGAGUUCUUUAACAUCAUCAUGAACGUUUCUGUUUGACUCUUCAUCUUUAUUUUCUUCUGAUACGAUCUCCUCCAGACUCUAUUUAUUAUUAUUAUUAUUAUUAUUAUUAUUAUUAUUAUUAUUAUUAUUAUUAUUAUUGUUAUUAUUAUUAUUAUUAUUAUUAUUGUUAUAAUUAUUAUUAUUGUUAUUAUUAUUAUUAUUAUUAUUAUUGUUAUAAUUAUUAUUAUUGUUAUUAUUAUUAUUAUUAUUGUUAUUAUUAUUAUUAUUAUUAUUAUUAUUAUUAUUGUUAUUAUUAUUAUUAUUAUUGUUAUUAUUAUUAUUAUUGUUAUUAUUAUUAUUAUUAUUAUUAUUAUUAUUAUUAUUAUUAUCAUUAUCAUUAUUAUUAUUAUUAGAGUCUGCUACAGCGAGUUCACUGGCAGCUGCUGCUUCUUUAUCCUGUUAUUGCAGCACACCGUCUCUUUAUUACGACUUUAUCUUUCUCAUAAUUUGACUUUAUCUCCUCAUUCUGACUCUGAACUCAUGAAUCUUUCUUGUUUUCUCAUGGUAAUGAUAUAAAAUUUUGGAUUUUCCAUCUAUUCUUUCUUUAACCGUCGAUUCUGCUGGAUUAUUGGAGUUUCUAGACUUUGUCAAAACUGAAAAUAACAGCCAAUAAAACAGAAUAUCAGUGAAAUAAAAUAAAGACUUGUGGAGACUCCAGCGAACAGACUUUCUCUUCUCUCCAAACUCUCUGCUGAUGUUUCUUGCAGAGGCUCGGCGCUGCAGCCUGAUUCAUCUCCAGAAACAAGCGGAGGAUCUGAUAGUGGUUUUAAUUCAUGAACUGAGCGCCUCAGAAAUAAUUUAUCCUCUGACACACACAGAGGGGGAGCCGUUAUUAGAAACUGCAGGUUUAUAAGAAAACCCUGAACAGAAAGUCCAGAUCUGUCCUGAUUACACAGACCUCCUUCAUCACAGCAGAGCGCAGAUCUUUAAUCUCAUCUAAACUGUUUUCAGGAGAUCCCCUUCUAUCACAUCUGGAGCGGCAGUCAGAGACCGCUGCACUGCACCUUCAGCCUGGAGAGAGGCAGCCUGGCCGUGUCUCAGCUCAGCUGUAAGAUCUGCGUACGGCAGGUGGAGGGGGAGGGGCAGAUAUUCCAGCUGCGCACCGACAUUCAGGAGGUAAUGGAGACAAAUAUGAGAGAGUCUGUUUCUCUUCACAGAGACCGGGGUCUAGAUGAGGUCCAGGAGUCUGAGUUUGACACCUGGACCUGAAUCCCCUUUGGAUUUAAACUAGAGCUGCACGAUAUUUGACAAAAACUAACAAUUCAAUUUUUUCAACCCUGUGAUAUUAAAAAAUAGAUGAAUUUUCAUCAGAUGAUCUGAAUCUGAGUUUCUGCUGAAAUCUUGAGGACAGUUAACCUGCUCUGAUCUUACCUCUUUUAGUGAAUGUUAGUAGAAUAACUUCUGUCUGUCUUAGAGAUAUUUUUAGUUUUUCUUGUGCUGGGACGUUAUUGUGGAAACAGAUGAACACAGAACACGUGUUUUAGUCGACAUCAUCCUUCUUUUAACCGAAAUAAUUCCAGAUAACUGACUUUUCUUUUCUUUUUGGUGACAAGUCUGAGUAAAGAACGAAGGUGAUUGGUGGAUCGCUGCACAUGCAGAGUCACAUGGAGGGUAUGUCAGUCAGCUACCCUUAAAAUUAGAUGUAGUGAUGGGCACGGCAGUCCUUUUAGAUGUACUGAAUCACUAGAAUCAGUUCACUAAAAAGAUUCAUUCAAAAGAUUCGUUCACCAAAUCACCGACUCAUUCAGCACUUAGUGGAAGGAGCCUGCGUCUCUGACCUCCUGAACUGAUACACAGCUGAACGGUUCACAAUUCAGUUCAGAUUAAAGCUUCUGGGACCAGGAGACAAGAGUGUUUGUCUGUGUAACUUUAACAAACAGGUUUGUAAAAAUGAACUUGUUUAUAGGUCAUGAUGUUUUAAGUGUACUGUGGUAUACUAUUGAUCAGGUCUGCUUGGUAAAUUGGGCUCAGUGAGUGAUUCGUUCACUGAACGUUUGGAAGAAUUCACACUGAACAUGAACCGUUCCCUCGCUGUAAUGACAGGAUGCUGCAGGUUUAAUGCACUACUUGUUACAUGCUGUGUCCUUUUGUAUGCGAGUUGUUGUGGUGGCAAAGAUGAUUUCAGAGAGUGUAGUUCAAUGCCUGAUUUGUUUACCAAGUGAGUCAGGCGUUUGGUGCAUGUGGUCUCUUGUUCCCCUGCUGCUUGCCUGGCAAUGCUGCACGCCAUACCAGCUGCACUGCUGACAGCUCAACUGAAGUGAGAAACGAACGAAUCACUUAAGGAAGUGAUUCUGUUCAGUACAGUCAGUACAGAUUCGGUUCUUUUGAACAAAUCGUUCGCAAACAACACAACAGUAAUUAGAUGAGUUCAUUCUCCUCCAACAGCUCGGGCUCUGCUAUGUCACUAUCACGCACACAUACAUCGCCAUGACGAUGCUAAAACGAUAUAUCAUGCAGCUCUAAUUUAAACACAUCUGUUGUUUGUUGUUAAACCCUCAGACUUCAGUCUAACUGCUCCUCUCUCUCUCUCUCUCUCUCUCUCUCUCUCUCUCUCUCUCUCUCUCUCUCUCUAAACCCAGACUCUACCGCCACACUCGCCCCUCCCAUCAGGCGGCACCUGCCUGCCCUCCUCUCAGGUGGGACCCUACGCCUUUCGCCUGCCUGACUCCAUCCGUCAGAAGAUCUGUGCCAGUCUGGAUGCUCCCAGCGCUCGAGGAUGUGACUGGAGACUGCUGGCCCGCAGUCUGGGUUUUGACAGGUCAGAGCCGCCUCAGGUGUUCCUGUGUGAAAAAGGGGGUCCAGACUGAGUCCUCGGAUUUCUGAACUCAGGAAAGAUUAAAUUUUCUAACGCGGAAACAACAGAGUUUAAGAUUUCAGCUCCACCUCACAUUAGAGAAUUGAUUUUCAGAUUAGUUAUCACUCGUGGACCGCCCCCGAGUCCACGACUUAAUCUCUUUUAAACUUAAGUGAAGCGUGAAAACCCCUGGUGGGUCCCUCUUUGAGAACUUAAGAUCCAGGAAGAAAUCCGGCAGCCCUAAUCUUUGUCCUCCUUUAAACCCUCUGAAAAACACUUUUUUUUAUACACCUGCACUUUAACCAAAAGUUCUGACUCUGUGUGACGAUCAUUUAGAGAUUAUAGUUCAUUAAAAAUCUGCAAAGACGAAACAUUAAAUGUUGGAGAAUUUGAUUCCUGGUCUGGAUGGACGCAGAUGUUGCUCCUAAACGUGGAAAUAAUGUUUAAAACUGAGGAUGCAGCAUCUAUGAUUUCUAGUUCUUUGUUGAAAGGACAACUGGACUUACUUGAGACGUUUCGCCUUUCCAUGCGGUGAUUUCCACUCCAGAGUUGUGUCUGUUUUUAACACCCUGAAGAUCAGGACCAUCCAGUCCUGGUUUUGGUUCUUGCAUUUUUCCUCCUUAAGAGACAUUUCCACCACAUUCAGACCGGCGACGAAAAGGCUGUAUUCGCCAAUCGCAGCUUAAUGUUAACGUGACCAUUUCCACCGACUUCUUUCGAUCGCCGGACUCCUCAGCUGAUCACAAGAGUUCUAUUUUUUCUGGACGCCGGAGCAUGGCGGAUAAAUUCAGCACAGAUUAACCCGUGCUGGAAAGGAAGUCGGGCACAGACACAAAAUAAAACAUCCGGCUUCUUUUCAAAAUAAAAAACUCCGUGUUUCAGGAGGAUCGUAUUUCACACCAUGCAAACGGGCGGAGACGAACAAGUGAAAGGUUUUUAGACGUCAUUUCACCCCGAUGACACCAUGGAUGAGGAGAUGCUGAUUCUAGAAGUCUAGAUGUAGAUUUCCUCCUCUGGAAGGACACAAUCUACUGCUUAUAUGUCUAUGUGUCUGUCUUUAGAGAGACAACUCGUUAUCGCUCGAUUGAACGUGAAUCUACAGGUUCUUGUGAGUUUUCGCGAUUACCGCUGUCCGUGAUCCGCUACAAAAUUUGCCUCACAAACGGAUCCGCCGGAUCGGAGCCGCUCUGAUGCUGUGAAAAUUCUGAAUGUCCUUGUUAGACCCAGUCAUGUGACUAAACUGUUCGAAAUUCACUUCACGAAACUUCUGACCUGUUCGUUGUCCCUGUACCAACAUCUUAAAGAGUCCAGAUGAACUUGAUGGGAGUUUUUGUUUCGGUGUAAAAUCAGAAACCUCGACUUCCUCUCUCACCGUCAUCACAAAGUCAUCUCCUGUGCAGAGAUGUAAAGAUGUAAUUGUGUUUAAAAUCAGAGUUUUAUUUUUAUAAUCUGAAGAGUUUGACUUGAAUAUGAAGUUUAAGAAGGAUUCAGUCAGAGCUUUCUGAGUUUUAGAAGACUAAUAAGCUCAUCCUGCUCAGUGAGAUAUGAUCGUGAUCUGAGCAUCAAUAAACAGACUUUACUCUGCAGUUUUAAUAACUCAGAGUUUUCUAAUCAGGAGGUGAAGGACUCUAACGUCGUCUCCUCUCCUCUCUUCCUCUCCUCAGGUACUUGAACUACUUCGCCACCAAGCCGAGCCCCACAGGUGUUCUCCUGGACUUAUGGGAGGCCUGUCACCAAGCUGACGCAGACCUGGUCUCUCUGGCGACCGCGCUGGAAGAGAUGGGCAAAAGUGAGGUGCUUGUUGUCAUGACAACAGAUGGGGACUGUUGAUUGGCCAAGAAAUAGGGGGGAGCAGGAAGGACUCUUUAUUUUUUUUUCCCCACACGGCCGUGAUGAAAAUGAGAAUAUGCAGACCCCGGCAGAGCAGUUGGUCUCCUCCUCCUCCUCCUUCUUCUUCUUCUUCUUCUUCUUCACAUGGACUGUAAUACCUCUGCCUCAUCCUCCUCCUCCUCCUCCUCCUCACUGCCCCCAGAUCAGCCACUGUAGCUACACAACAACCAUAACCUGUUCCCACGAGGGCCGUCCACGGAUAACUGCGAACCUGAUUCAGCUUGAAUCCUCCAUGUAGCAUCUGCACGAUGUGAAAGCAAUCCGAGGGAAGGACGGCGUAAAAUGGGCGUGAAGAAAUCUGUCAGAGCGAAGAUUGAAAAGGAAACUAUUGUUGAACAUGAACGAUACGGCGAAAUGAUCCAUGUAUUCAACUCAACAACACAAGCGCUGAUGUGGGAUUACCCGUGUUCGGUAGCAGCGUGAUUGAAAACCGUCUCACCUCAUGGCAGGGGCCGUCAGUCAGUCUGCGAAUGACAGGCAGCAGCGAUCUGUCUGCAACCUCCUCAGGCUACAGACGCGUCCCACACAAACACAUCCAAACCGGUCAUUCAUCGCCGCUCCACAAACCCAACCGUGAGGACUGAAACCCUCCGAGUCUGAGGGCUGGAGCGCGUCGCCGCGGGCUGGGAAACAGGAAAAAGCGGCCUCCUCUCUGUGGUAGGCGGGCGUAUCGUGGAGUCCGCUGAGGAAUUGGCGGUUAACUAGACCGAUUGACUCUUUAUACUGUACCAACAAACGCCUCAAAGCCUUGGCAUAUCAUUGCGACACACAGGGGUGUUUCUCUUUCAUCUGUCCUCACAUUCCUCUAUCGCUCCGCCACACUCCUCCUCCUCCUCCUCCUCCUCCUCCUCCUCCGGUCUGCCCAGAAUAAACUGCAGGAGAGCUUUCCAAUCAUCCCUUAAAAGUUUCCUCUGGGGAACGCUCUUUGAGUUAUUAUCCAUAUUUGUGGAUUCUUUUCCGCUGCCAUCUCUGUGAACGAUCACACAGGACCUGUUUUAUCAUCUCUGCUUGUUUUGGCCGCGGAGCCGCUGUUUUAUUUUUGAUUUUGGAGAAGCAGAGGGGUGUACUACGAAGGCAGAGUGAUGGGUUAGCGCUCCACGUUAAACUGAGAGCGAGGUUUUACAGCCGCCGCUCUUUAUAACCGACUUACUGAGAAUAUCUCAGCGCCAUUUUAAAGAGGUCGGAUUUAAAUCAGCUGUAAACCGUCCGUCUACGACUUCUCCUCCAGGUAAAAUCUUCUGGUGUCUUAAAGGUGCGGUGUGCAGACUCGGUAGAGAUCGCUCAGUCAGAGUAGAUUCACGAGGCAUCAAUAUCGGCGAGUACUGGCGUCCAGGCUCCGAUCUGACAUUGUGUAAUUUAUCUACUGGUUAGCUCCGUUAGCUCUGACACAGUUCUUCUUCGCCGAUGUAAAACAGCAUGGAUCACGAGACAGACGAACCGUGUUUACACAGUUGAUGAAGCUCAGACCUACGCUAAGUAGCAGCUAAUUAGCACUAGCGUCACGUCGGCAAUAUUUCACGCCGGAUGCUCCCACCAGUAAGACUACAACGUGCGAAUAUAUCAAGGAAAUAUUUCGAGAGGUGGCACGAGUGUUGCUACUUUUAACACCAGCAACUUAAUGAAACACCUGAAGACGCGUCACGCUAAAGAGCGCGACGGAUUAACCAGAGCAAAGAGGAAAAGGAAGAACGGACUGGUAUCAGAUCGAGUUUCUAGAUUAAUUUAAACAUAUUUCAACUCUAAAGUUAGAGGAGGAGGCAGGUGUGUUAGUGAAGCAGAGGGACAGAAUGAGCAAAGCUAGAGAGAGAGGUUAUAGUGAUCAUGAGUGUGAAGAUCUUCUCAGGCUUCACAGAAACGUGAUCUUUCACAAAAUGCGCCGCUGUGAAGAUGAAAAAGAAAACAGUUGUGCAUAAAUUUAGAAACGCACUUUUCAUGCAUCAAGAGCUUAUUGUCCUUCAAAGGCCACCGUAGCUCCACAGACAGGAGGAGUGUUGUAAUCUAGAUUCUGACUUCUAGAUUUCACAGAUGUUCUCAUUUCUACAGACUGGACCUUUAAAGAGUGAGAGUUACAAAAUGCUUUAGUGCAGCGUUAGUCGCAGCAGCGCUGCACCACAUUAGUCCACAUGCAUUUAACCGGUGAUGCAGAAAAUCCUCUCAUUGUUCCCUGUUUGCUUCAGGUGAUAUUUCCACUCCAGAAUUUCACGCUGCAGAUCAUCCACACGCUGAGAGAAUAACGCAGGAGCGGCAGGAAACUUUGAUUUUCUUAAUUUGAUGCGAUCUAAUCUAAGAGUGAAUUUCUCAUUAUGAGAAAGUUCCAGGAAAAGAAUCAUAUCUCCACUUUACUGCUGUAUUACACUUAAGGUUUAAGAGCUCCGCUGUGAGCACUUCGCUGCUGCCAGGAAUAAAAAAGAGACUCAGCGAGUGCAUCACAAAAAUCCUCUUUUCUCUGCAAAAACUCCAACCUGAGCGAGACGCUUAGAUUUCCAGUAAGAAAGACGGUUUUAUUGGACUUUAUGAGAGUCCCAUCCACCUGACAGGUGCGGUUAAACAUCAAAAAUAAGACCUUAAUUACUUAUAAUGAGGGAGAAAACAGUUAUAAGGUGAGGAUACUGUACGUGUUCAGACUUUAGGAACUCAAAACAAGCAGAUCCGGUUUCAUCUUCGACUUUAAUAACUGAAAAUAAAACGUUUAUAUGGACUAAAAUGAGACAGAAACGCCCUCCUUCCUUUCUUUGUUGGAGUUUUCUCAGUGUCUGAGUUUUUUAUGCAAUAAUAACUUGUUUUGUUGUUUUUUAUUGUUGGUUUUAACAGCCUGACUUCAGUGGGUGUAAAUAACAGGACGUCUCCUCUGAAAAAAAGUGUCAUGAACAAAUUUAACGCCUCCUUCUAUUUCUGGCUCGGCGAGCCUGCAGCAGGAAGUCUGUUCACACAGGAAGGUGACAUCCACCUGUUGCUGUUACACCUGCUCUCUAUUUUAGGGGUUAGUGAGGCCUGAUUAUAUUAAAGGCACCAUGAGGAGUUUUACUGAUUUUAAAUAGUCUCUUAAACGGACGCCUCUUCAUGGCCUGAAGCACGCACAGCUCGUCUUUAAAUAAAAGAUGAUCAUAAAACUUGACGAUUUAUCCUGCUGCACAUUUUACUUUGGAGGUUUUAUAACGAAUGUUUAAUUCAGUGAACCCUGAUGUUGCUCACUCCUCCAGAGCCAGUUUACAAAAAAGGGAUCAGGGCCACAAGGAGAGGAAAAAAUAAUUACCUUAUUUUUCACACCAUCAAUGAACGCGUCUAUUUUCAUACAUAAGGCGCACCAGAUUAUAAAGCACAUUAACCGAAACAAAACAGUCAGAUAAGUGAAACUUUAUUUAACUCAUUUAGUAACUCAGCGAGGCGACGGUAGCUGCAGCGCUCCGACAAGCCAAACGGAUUUUAAGUGCGCCUUAUAGUGCGAAAAAUACGGUACAGGAGGGAGAUUCUCUUCAUUUCCAUUUUGAGUUUAAAGUCGAAAUUUUAAAAAGUUGAAAUUUUGACUUAAUUCAACUCAACUUUAAUCUUAAAAUUUUAAUUUAUCUAAUCUUGACAUUUUGUAAUCUCGAAAUUUCAAUUUUUAAUCUUGAAAUUCCGACUUUAAUCUCAAAAUUUCAACAUCAAUCUCCUUUGUAUGAUUAUUUGUUUUCUCCUCAUGUGGCCUUAAUCUUCUUUCAUACCCGUUAGACUCUGGUGCUUCAGGGAGGAAGAACUCUGCAAAGUUUUUUUGUUUCAAUUCUCAGUAAAAAGUCUGAGAGGGCUCAAAAUAUGCAAAAUAAGAGCUUUAUUGGUUUUGCAUCAGAUAAAUUUGUGUUACAAUUUAGCAAAGACUCAUUUCAAAAUAAAAGCCUGUCAUUUUUCUGCAGGGAGACUCCCCUUGGUUUUAUUGUGAAGGGUCAGCCAGGACAGGUCAUGAAAACCUUGUCAUGAAUCCUGUUAGCUGCAGGUGAACCGUGUUAAUUGUUGAAUUAAAUCGGGUUUGGAUUUAUACAAUCUAAUCCAGUUCCCAUAAUCCAGAUUAGGGUUUGUGUUAGCUCCACCCUUGAGGGUUGGAUUGGUGCUCCUGGUGCCCCAACAGUUAGGAUGGUUAUCCGGGAAUACUCCUUCACUCCUACCAAACUGUGAACAGCUACCUAGAGGUCCACGGUGCCGGACUGUACUGGUCUAGUUUGACCCCUGAUUUUAUCACCUCGUCAUGAAUAAAGAAGUGAGACAGAGAUUUUUAUCCAACAACAGAUGAACUUUAAAAAAAAAAAAACACCACCACAUGAAAACUUCUCACGGUGCCUUUUAAACCCGCCGGCGAGUCGAAGCUGCUCCGUGGUACACCCCUCAGGACAAACUGUGUUGUUGAUAACACCGUCAUGUUAAUUUGUUCUUAAUUCUGUGUAUCUACUCUAAUGUCUAACCUGAACAACACGCUCAGAGGAGGCCGAGUUCGUGUCUUUUUACAGAGGGCCUCUCUUUAAAGACCAGGCAGUAAGGGACCGUCAGAUUUACCUCGACAUUAACUGCUUUAUGUUUUAAUUUACGCCCUGUGCGGCGCUCAUCUAUGCGUCCAUCAGUCCAUCCAUCAUCCUCUCUUGUUAAUUUCAUACUAAGUCGCCUGCUUUGUGGUCAGGGUCCUCAUGCUGCUCCUUAUCAUCCAUAUAUUUCUGUGCGUUAGUGUUGGUCGGGGAUUGAAACGCUGUCGUCUGUGACUUUCUCUCUUUUUUAUUUUUGAUGAUUUUUUUUUUUCUCCCUUAAAGCAAAAAAAAAGUGUUCCUAUCUUUGAAACCACAAAAACCAAAACACAGGCAGUAUCCCUCCUCCCUCCUCAGCAGUGAGUCAUGUCACUGUUUUGUGUGAAUGAGCUGAAAACAGACUGUCAGGCUGUGAGUGUGUGUGUGAGCUGAAUGGGUAUGUGUGGGCAGGUGGGCGUGCACAUGCAGCCUGUGCACGCUCAGUAUCUGUCAUCUCUCUUUGUAAGUGCUAUGCAAGUACAAAAGAACAGCGAAGCAUUUUGACUUCUUUUGUUUCCUGGAAGAGUAACUCUAUUUUUUCAGAUCAGGGCAUUGACAGGGUUUUGAUUUUGUAUCCCAAAGUGGUUUUAGAGCGUUAGGUGACGGUGGCGUUUGUGGCUAAUCCCCAUCCGGAUCAGGAGAAACGGAUCACUGAACAAGGAAGCCAGAACUGGAAGAACACAGGACUACAACGACGACGAGGGCUGCAGGAGAAACGGUGAAAAACAUGAACUCUUACCCGGCAGGUCUUUGCCCAGGAGGGAAUAUCUGAACUGGACCGGUUCAGAACUUUGGAUCCCUGACUACUGCAGGACUAUUUUCUUGUUACAGAGACUGGCUAGCUGUAGACUACAGUGUUUUUUCGUCCAGAUGUCUCGAGUGUCUGUCGGAUCUUCGGCCAUAGCUCUGGAUCUUUUUCGUCGGAGCUGGACCGGAUUCCUCGUCGCUCCAGUCCGAGAGAAAAACUUCGCCUUUGUUGAAAAGAGACGGACAUUUUUACAGAAAAACAAAAUGUAUUCAGUGACAUUAUUUUAUGUCUGUAAAGUACAAAUUGUAAAUAAACGUCUAGCCUUCUUACCUGUAACUAAAUAUAAUUUUUAUGCAAUAAAUUAUAUUUCUUAGUUUAACAACAGUGUGUGUUCGCUCCGUUAUUCAAUCUGCAGAGUAAAGAAGGACCUGAUGGCUGAAAGUUCUCCCUGAUCGAACCCUGACAUUAAACUGUUUUUAAAAAAGUGAAGGUUUUAAGUCUGCGUCCUGGACUCUGAUUGGUCCAUGAUUCCAAAGGAGGAACCAUAUAAUUGAAGAAUCUUCCUCCAGUCGAUAUCUCAGCUUGUCUCCGCCUAAAUCUAAAGUUUUAUAAAGAAAGGAAAGUUUGAAACUUCCUGUGAAAUCGGAGAGAGUGUCUACCUCCCAGAUUUUGACUGGCUGAUGAUUCCAAAGGAGAAGUGUCCGACAGUCUGAGACUCAAAAGUACUUUUAAGGCCUGAACCUGCCCUGACUAAAAGUUUUAUUAAAGAUAAAGUUUUAAACUUGCUUCUAAAAGUGAAGAGGAUGUCUGCUUCCCCUGACCUGAAACCUGAAGGCCCUACCCCCCAGACUACUUUCUAAACCUGAGCAUGUCCAGAUUACAAGUUUUCAGCCUCUUCUUUAAGGUGGACCCGGUUUCUGCCUCCAAGACUCCGAAGGCCCGACCUCCCAUACUUCUUUAGAGACAUCUAAACAAACAUAUCUAUAAUUUACAAAGUCAUGAUCUAGAGGAGCAACAACAGGGCUCUCUGAGAUCUUUAGGAUAUGAUGGUUUCUGAUCAUGAAGGUCUUUGUGGGUCUAAAUAAAGGAUUUUAAAGUCUAUUCUGGACUUUUUUGGAGCUGAAGAGUCUUUAGAGAUUUAUUAGGGUUAUAAUCUGACCUCCAGGUAACAAAGUCAGGAUCCACGUCUUCUUUUCAUCGGUCUGAGACAGGAAGUGUCUUUUGUGGUUGUUUAAUUAAAGCUUCUUCGGAUCACCUUGGCAGGAUAGAAUCACGAUUAAACGGCAUCACUGUUUUUUUUUUUUAUCAAUUAAACUCUAUUUUCUCCUCGGCCUCCUCCUCCUCUCCCUCACACCUCAUUGGAAAAUUCCCUCUAGGUCCAUUUAGCUUUAAAAGCUUUUAACUGGCCGGCUGUCCGACAUUCAAAUUAAGGUUCUGGAGCGGUGCCCUUCGUAGAUGGACUUCAGGUUAGAUCGACCAUUCUCACCGUGGGUCUUUAUCCUCCCAGGAUGUGUCGGGGUUCGUCAGAUUGGACUCUAACGCUGAGAAUAAAUACCCUGUUGAGUCAUCGGGAUGAGUGUGCUCCAAAGAGUGGUCUUAACAGCGGGCGCCUCCUCACACCUGUUUCAUUAAAUGUGCUGCUAAUUGAGGACUGAUGUGCCACCCUUCAGUGCAUGAGUUAAUUGAACCUUUUUAUAAUACACAAAGAGGCUGCACAAUGUCGAGGCUGAAACGCAGACUCACCUCUAACCAGGACCUCGUUGUUGUUGAUUUGCAGUGAAUCAGAAGUUAGAAUUAAACUAUUUUUAAGGUGUUGAACUAUUUUCAGACACCGCUCAGUGUGCUGCACUGGGUGGGUUAAAAGUACAUGUUAUUUUUCUGCAUUAUAUGACUUUAAAUGUAAGUAAAACUACAUGAAUAGGCCUCUCAGGUGAUAUCAGAUGAUAUUUAUAUUUCUAAAAGGCAUAAAACAGAGAAAACACAUCUAUCGAACAGUCCCGGUUAGCAGGCUACAUAAAGAUUUAUGACAUUUUUAGCGAUCAAAACAUAAAAACAUGGUGAGUUUAAAACACGCCACAGUAAAAACAUCACCAAAGUGUUUGAAGGUAAAUUCAGAAAUACACUCAAAAAUACAACAUGGAUAAAUAGUACCUUAGACGAUAAACACAAGAUUAAUUUUACAUGUUUUAAGGGAUCAUAUAAAUUUACCUUCCAGGGAUGAAACACACCUGUACAUGAGAUGCAACCAGCAAGACCGCGGAGGCUCCAGCAGAGGGCGCUCACAUGUAAACAACAGUUAACGUUACACAAUACACUAUCUACAAAAUGCCAAAUAUCCACAUAGACAGACAAGGUCAGACGAAGUAAGGCAUACAGAAUAGUUUCCAUUACAGUUUAUUGAUGUCUUUAUUUUUAAUGUACAAAAUGAAAUAAGAGAUAUUAAAAAUAUGAAAAUCAUUAUAUUCACCCAACCCAGCAUAUUUAAAAAAAAUACAUCUUAUAUUAUGGUGCCCCCCGAGAGUCAACUGGAAAAUCAGUCUAAAAACACAAAAAUAUUUCCUAAAAUUCAUCAAAAAUUCACAAAACAAUUAAACUAUUUUACUAAACAGUAAAAGGAAAAUGCCUGAUCAAGAACAAAUGUUUUAUGAAAUACCAAAUUGCUAAACAUAAUAAAAAACAUUUCAUGGAAAUCCAACAAAAUAUUCAUAAAAACUUUUCACAAAGCA